CUUGUACAACCUGUAUACAGCGAAAUUACACGAGCACCCCCCACUCAGCUCUCUUAGUCUUAAUUCCUCUCGUUUACUGACACACACCCGAAAGUCAGUUGCCCUGUUGUUAUCUUUUCAUUCAGCAGCCUAACAGCCCAUGGAUAGCUGUUCUUUACCCUGUUGGUGCGACUAACCAAGCUUCUAUAUCUUCUGCCUGACGGCAGGAGAUCAAGAAAGUGCCAGCCAGGAUGUGAAUCAUCCCUGAGAAUUUUCCUCUCUCUCCUGAGGCAACGUUCUUCCGCUAUUUCAUCCAGCGGAUUCACGGGACAGCCCGUAAUAUCUUGUGCUGUAUUCGCCACCCUCUGUAGGCACUUCCUAUCAGAUGAUGUCAAACCAGUGUACCACACCGUGAUGCAGUAUGAAAGGUCACAUUCUAUUGUUGACCGGUAGAAGGAGAUCAUCAAAUGUUGAUUGACAUGGUUCUUCUGCAAUACUCUGAGGAGAUGGGAGUCUCUGUUGGGCUUUCUUAACCACCUGGGUUGUAUUUAUUUUCCAAGUAAGGUCUUCACUGAGAUAAUUAGCCUCACUUGUGAAAAUGCCCCCAGAAUGUUGUUGUUGUUUUUUAAGCACCUGAACAUUUAUCAUUUUUAUUGUCGUUUGAUUAUACAAGCAUGACAAUAAACACAAUUUGAAUAAAACGCGAUUAGAGCUAGACAUAUUUACUCAGAGGUCAGUCCCACUUAAGUUUCGAUAGGACUGGUUCUCAGUUGUGUAUAGGAGGGCAGCCUGAAUAUUUUAAAGAUGAAAAUAAUUUGUUUUUAGAAAACGUUCCCGGUUUCGUCGUCUCAUCUCAUGCACGUUUCCUGGGCAGUAAAUUCCACAACGUGGGAGCCAACCUCCAUAGGUCCCCCAUAGCAUGAGGGGCAGGAAGAGAGAGAGCGCUACGUCAUCCAGCUAUGCAACUUCUUAGAGGUUGGCUUUGGAUAUAACCCCGCCCUUCCAGUGCGCGGAAGGAGUCAGUCACGCUCGGAACACGAGAACUGAAACGGCAAGCAGGGCGGGGCGAGUCAGCGACGGAAAGCCCAUCUUAGCCAACGGCAGGAGCGGCCAGGUGUUGCUAGGAGACGGGUACAAACUGCUCCGGGCAGCUCUCUGGCGAAGCUGAGGGUAGCAUGGACGGCGGGAAGUUGGGCGGCCGCCGCCCAGGCUCCGCUCACAGAGCUGAUCUCGAAGUGAGGUGCGAAGGGGAGCGAGCGGGGGACGGGGACUUGCCUGGUGUUUCUUGUGUCCGAAAAACCCCAUCCUCAAGGAAGCCUCUCCCCUCUUCGUACGGCCGCCUUCGCUAAAGUGGCGCCCGCCGGACGCCUUGGACUUGCACGCGCUGGCUGGGGCUGAUGGGAGUUGUAGUGCAAAGCGUCUGCGGGCGCCACCUUGGCGAAAGCCGCCAUGCACGCUUGUUUGGAAGAGAGUGCUGCUGAGCUCAAUGGGGCUGAUGCCUAAACGGACGAUAAUGCAGAGGAUUUGCUCUGUAAGACCCCGUCCUUCCCUCUCGUAGCUUGUCUCCCAAAGCUUCCCACCCACCUUCCCGAAGCCUUUUAUUUCCCCCAGGAUGGCUCACACUUCUUUGUGCCUCAGUUUUAGUCAGUCUUCUGGAUUUCACAUCAUUAACGUCCCUUUCUUCAGGAAUGUAGGUGCAGGAAAGCUAGCUAGACCUUGGGGGGGGGGACACACCAACAAAUGUGUGAUAGUCUUUUAUUACCCUAUCUGAAUCCAGAGGUGAAAAUAUAGUCUGUGAUUUUUAAAUGUUAGUAUUGAUAACGACAAAGGAAAUCUGGUUUCAUUCCCUCCACCCUGUAUGUAAUCUGCUUUUCAUUCUUCAAGAUAUUAUGAUGAUGCUAACAAAGCAAAUAUAUUUAUUGAAGUCCUAAGUAAUUCCAGCUAUCUGUCUUGUCAUUCAUUCAGUAUAGUGAAUGAAGGCAGAUAUAGCAACACUCCUGUAAAUAACAAGAUAUUGCCAGAGUAAUAACAAAGAGGUGGUUUCUGUGUCCCAUGUUCUUUUAAAGUGAAGAUUUAGAUAAACUCUGAUUCACCUCAUUUCACAGUCCUUUCCAGGACUAUUUUCAGAGUCUUUGUUUAUGUUCUUAUUGGAGGGGUCUAUUUUUUUUUUUAGUUACUAAGUAAGUUGCAAAAUUUAUAAAUAUUGUACAAUCUAUUACUGUUUUCUCUUUUUCUUCGCUUUAAAUAUUGUGAUGCAUUUUCCAUUCUGCAGCUUUUUGUUUGCAGUAGGUGAACCAUAAAUAAAUUAUAUUUGCAUUCAUUCAAUUUAAACUGAGGGGAAGUGCUGUUACAUCUUUUUCUAGUUGCAGGUUGUGUAUGUAAUUAGUGAACACAAACAACAGUGGUUUUCCUCAGUGGAAGCUUUGUUUUACGCCACAUUAUCCAUUUAGCAAAAAACAAAACUCUUUGUUUCUUUUAAAAUGUCAUAUAAUCCUAACUUUCUUUCUUUCUCCACCCCUUCAAGAUGGGUACAAGGAUUCACCAACAGGAAUGUUGGCUUUGUCACCAAAAGAACUGUCUGCUAUCCUUGUGGGAAUUACAUAAUAUUUGUUAACCUUGAAACACUGGAGAGAUCCAUCUUGCGGUGUCACAGUGGAAAGGUAGAAGCUUUUGCAGUGAACCCAAACCAGAAUGUCGUUGCUUAUUCUGACAGGCAACUGAAACCUGUGAUUCACAUCCACAGUUAUCCAGGACUAAAGAGACAGGCCAAAUUAAAAGGUGGGUCUGAUGGUUAAUCGAAACCAUCUUGAAAUGGUUUUUAGAAUUUGGUGAGGGGAAGGCAUAAGAGUUGUGCUAGAUCAGACCAACAGUCUAUAGCAGGGAUCAGCAACCUAAGGCCUAUGGGCCGGAAGCAGGCCAUGGAGGUUAUUUGGCCCAUGAGUCGCCCCUGAACCGAGCUGCCUGCUUGCGCACUGCACUAAACCAGCGCAGUGCGACGUGGGGACUCGCUUUGACGGCGCUGGAAACCACGUCUGCGUGCGUGCAGAUGCCAAAAACCACGGGCGCGUGCACACAGACUCCAAAAAUCACAGGCACACAUGCAAUCCUGCCCACGGAGGGAUCUCCACAGGACCGAUCCAGCCCAAGCUGACCCCUGGUCUAUAUAAUCCAGCAUUCUCUUAUUACAAUGGCCAUUGAUAUGUCUCUGAGAAGUCUGCAAGCUGUACAUGAGUGCAAUAGCGUGGGAACCUGAAGGUCAUAUGACUAGUAGCAAUUGAUAUAUUCCAUGAAUUUAUCUCAUUCUCAUCCCACUUGGAGACUACUACUGCAUACUGUGGUAGCAAAUUAUACAUAUACUGUUAUGAUAUUAUACUUGAUGCUUAUAAUUUUAUAGUAUUAAAAUGUUCAGAGAUCAACCAAGUAGCACAUGAAUAUUUACAUUUGUGUGUUGCCUUAUUCCUUAGAAAUUGUGCAGAUCUUGAGCUUGCAUAGAAUAAUCUUUUCAUGGGGCUUUAAAAGCAUUAAUAAGUGCAGCCUCUCAAAAAAAGAAAGGCUGCAUAAAAGAGACCUUGGAAUGUUAUUGCAUGGUAUUCAUGCAGUGGGAUCAAGAUAAAAUACAAAAAAGCCCACGAAUCUAGUCAAUAUGAGAUCUGCAGAGACUAGUUUUGUGAUGUAUAAUUUCAUUUAAAAUGGAGCAAGUUGGAGACCAGUUAUAUUUGAUUAAAGAGAGGGAGAGAGAGGAACAUAUGCAACCUGACUAUUGAAGAUUGAUAAAAAAUAAUAUUGUUCUAGAGAUUCUACACCUGCAGUAAAUAGUUUGCCCCAAAGAAAGGUGGUACUUUCAAUACACUAAGUGCUGGAAAAGUUCAAAUUAUUCAUAUUGUUUCAUGCCCCGCCCCCAAUCUCUAAGCAGGGUGAGAUUCCAGGGGUUCCAGGUGCUUACCCAGGCUUCCGAUUUCCUUUUGGAAAUGAGGCACAGUGGAGACUAGGGUGUCUUUAUGAUAUGUGGUUUAUUUACACAUACUGUAUAUACUACUUUAGUCUACGAUGGAGUGGUUUUCGGCACCCCGAAAUGAUCUUGUGUCUCCCAUAGUUGUAGCCUUCAAUUCAAACAGAAAUCAAACACCAUGCUCUGACUCUUUCUCCCCAUCAACUCAACAGGUAGCUAUUUUGGCAUGACUAGCUUUUAACACUUGAUACAUCCAAGGAUUAGAGGGGUCUGGCACGCACAGACACACACAACUCAUAAUAUCAAUCUAUUCAAAUGAAUUAAGCAAAACCGCCAGGGUUGUACAGAUUUGUACAUAGUGUUUACUAUAACACUCUAGUGAAAGAAAAUUAGACCCUCCUAUGUUGGCAAGACAAAGCCCUAUGAUAUGGUAUGGUAUGAUAGGAACUAGCACGACAGCAUGAAGCUGCAGAGAUACUAAAUCCAUGCUAUUUUAUGUUUUAGGACAAGCCAGCCUGGACUACACCUUGCUUGCAUUCAGUUACACAGGUCCUUACCUGGCCAGUUACUCCUCAAUCCCAGACUUUUCCCUUACAAUAUGGUAAGCUUACAAUAUGGAUAGAUUGUUUAUAUUGUAUUAUAUUAUAUUAUAUUAUAUUAUAUCAUAAUAUUAGCUACUUAAUAAUUCAUAUUACUUACUAAUAGAUCCUUUGCUGUCUGUAGCUAAUUUAACACCUGUCAGAAAUAGAAAUGUCUUCAUUUUUGCAUAAUACAGGCAACUCACCAUUUGCCCGUGAUUGGCACGUGUGCAACUGCUGACAUGUGUGCCAUUUAUAGCGCCUCAAGGGGGCAGCGUGGACUUAUAUGUGUCCCGCUGACAUGCGUGGUGCCUUGGAAUGCAACCCCCAUGCACAUGGGGAGUUGCCUGUACAGACAAACUCACAAACAUCCAUUCAUGCAAACAGAUGCAGGCAGUGAGCCUAUGGCCUUAAAAAGUACUCUGACUUUCAAAACACUUUGUUCAAGUGACCACGCUUUUGUUGAAAACCACAAGUUAAAUUCACUGUGCACAAGUUAGAUUCAUUUGAAAAAAGUUCCAAAUGAUGCCUCAUUUUCCACAAUCAGUAAAUACUGCUGGUUUCCAUAGUCUUCCAUAGUCCCCACCACCCCUACAUCUGAAAUAAGUUGUCUGAGGUAGCAUAUCAGCCACCUGAGGUUUUAGAAAGACAUGUAAAGCACAUUAGUUUCAGCAAGCAUUUGGGGGAUUGGUUAGUCACUUUCUUGUCAUUUUAGGCUACAAUUCUAUCCAUACUUAUUUGGGAGCAAGCCCCAUUGAACUCAUUGGGACUUAGAGUGGUACCUUGUUUCUCGAACUUAAUCUGUUCCGGGAGUCUGUUCGGCUCCUGAAGUUCAAAAACCAAGGCGCGGCUUCCGAUUGACUUCAGGAGCUUCCUGCACUCAAGCGGAAGCCGCAUCGGAAGUUUGACUUCUGAAAAACGUUCUCAAACCGGAGCACUUACUUCUGGGUUUGCAGAGUUUGGGAGCCAAGCUGUUCAAGAACCAAGGUACCACUGUACUUCCUAAUAGACAUGCAUAUAAUUGCACUGUUAAUUGUUUUCACUUAAUCCUCUUUUGCUGGCAUUCUAUCUGAUUCUAUGGUUCUUGUUCUAUGGUGUGAUUUUAUGUUUUCUGUUAUAGAGAGGCCGAAUAUAAAUUUACAAAAAAAAUAAUUCAAAAAAAUAAAAUUAAUAUUUUUGCGCUCUUUCAUUUUUGAUUAGGGACUGGAACAAAAAAGUUAUUUUGUGCAGUCAGUCACAGAUGGGAGUAGAAGUGACCGCAAUGAGUUUUAACCCCAUGAGCUGGCACCAAUUGUGUUUAUAUAAUGGGACUUCUGUUACACUUUGGACCAUUGAGCGGAAUAAUGAAGAGCACAUUUUGAAGUCAAAGUAAGGUUAAUAGAAAGAGAUGUUUCAAAUGUACUUUUAUUUUACACUAAGAUUAAUUUUUGUGCUAGAUAAAGACCGUUUUUGCAGCUGAUGAAUGGUAAAGCAUGCUUUCAGGUGAGGGUCUACAGAUUAAAGAGUUGCUAUGUACCGUAUUUUUCGCUCUAUAGGAUGCACUUUUUCCCCUCCAAAAAUGAAGGUGAAAUCUGUGUGCGUCCUAUGGGGCGAAUACAGGCUUUCGCUGAAGCUUGGAGAGCGAGAGGGGUCGGUGCGCACCGACCCCUCUUGUUCUCCAGGCUUCAGGAAGCUAUCAGCAAGCCUGGGAAGCCCGCGGGAGUUCCCGCAGAGCUCCCUAGGCUGCGGAUAGCAGCCUGCCACCCGGCGCGCAGGGUGCCCUGAAGCAGAGCGCCCCACACGCCGGGCAGACAUCGGCCAGCCCCACAAGCUCGGGAGACAGCGGGGAGGCGCAGCGCCGCCAUCCCGCUGUUCCCCGACCUGGUUUUGGGGGGGAAACAAAGGAAAUUUUUUUCCCUUUAUUUCCCCCCCCAAAAAAUUAGGUGCGUCCUAUGGGACGGAGCGUCCUAUGGGACGAAAAAUACGGUAUAUCAGGUGCCUAAUCCGUGUCUCUUGGGCAAAAUAAACAUGUUCUGUCCUUUGCAUUUUAGAAAAACGUAUUUUAGAAAUAUGGAAUAGCCCUCGUGGUUCUUUGUCUUUAAAAGGAAAUUUUCCAAUUAUUAACUCAUUUUCUGUUUGUUUUCUUACAUUUAUAUCCUGCCCCCGCUCUCCCAGUCUUCCAUCAUGGAACCCAACACAGUGUACAUGUGGUUCCCAGUCGGUCACCGAUCCAAGCCCUGAAGUGACCCAGACUUGCUUUGCUUCCACAAGGUGGCAGCUUCAUGUGCCUUCAGACUGUGCCCCUGGACUUUAUUAGUGAUGCUUUAGAUUGAGUGCCAGUCCUCAGGCAUAUGUUCACAUUAUGCUUACUGUGUAUCCAAUGUGCUCCUACUACUCAUUUUUGAAGCUGCAUUCACAUGACAUAAGCCACAGUCCAUAUUAGCAGUGGUGGAGGAAGUGGGGAGGGCGGAGCACCCUGGGUGCCACCUUUGAGGGGGUGACAAGAAGGCACCCCGUGGAGGGCUCGCCCUGCCACCAUCACACCGCCCCAGCCGCAUGCGGAGGAUCCUUUGCUCACGGCUACACCCUCCACAGCCGUCCGUACAACGCUCAAGCAGCGCUGUCAGCAAACCACCCGGGGGCGUGUGCGCCGUACAGACGGCGCACGCAUGGCACUGCUCAAGCUCUGUACAGAGGCCACAGGAUCCCUCCACCACCGCAUAUUAGUCUUGUAGUUUCUUGACCAAUACUGCUGUAUUAUUAUUUUUUUGUUCCUUAAAUCAGCUUCAGUCUGAUUAGAUAAUUGGAUGUGGAGUAAGCAGAAAUGUGAACACAUACCCUAACAGCCGCUGCACAGAAGUAGAUGAGUGUGCAAGAACAGAUGACAGCUUAAUCAACAGGCUUGGGGGAAAACCCAGAAGUACAAAAAAUAUAUGGGGGGGGGGGAAUAAUGGAGUCUUAAGAAACUCGAAAUAGCCUAAUGAGAACUAAGCAUGCACAGUGACUACAGAUUGCUGUUGGAGGUGGAGAAGAAAAAGCUGAAUGGGGUAUCCUGGGGAGCAUGACUUCAACAGUUUGUUGCAGUCCUGCUUGAAUUUUCCAAAUAUGCUUCUUCUGUGCCAUUUUUCUCAUUGCUUCAGGUCAGUUAGGCUUCCUGCUGAAGAUGGAACUUUAGCAGAUGAGCAAAACAGCUUCUUCUCCCAUCCCAUGGACAAUGAUCCUUACUUUGGCCCUAUUCUGCCCAAUUCAGCCAUUGCUGGCUUGGUAGGAGAUGAAGCAGAAACAUUUAAGGUGAGUUCUGCUAUGGAUAUAACUACUUGUGGUCAAGAUAUCUAUUGAAAUAUCAUUGAUAUAGGACAGCACAACUUUUUACAAAACACUCAGCAAUUUUCCCUGUGGAAAGUAGAUAACUGCAAUCAAUGCCAGUCAGCACUGAAUGAGUAAUUUAUUUUUUAGUACUAUUUGUUUUAGUAAUUGAAAUUUUUUUUUUAAUUGAAGCCUAAAGAUGACAUUCAACCUUAUGUUCACCCUACUUCCCACUGCUGGACUCAAAUCUCUGAUCUGUAUAUGGGCUGUGAAGAAGGAUAUUGUUUGAAAAUUGGUGCAGACACAUUCAAGGCUACAGUUAUCCAUCAAAAACUUUCCCCAGAUGCUAAAGGUUAGUGCAGUUUCAAGUCAAAGAUUGUCCCCAGCCUUUUCUGAUUCAUUAGGAUGACCAGGGUCCCUUUCAUAGAAUGAGAGGGGCAACUGCCUCCCCACAUUUUAGACUAUGUGUAAUUCUUCUUCACCUGCACCUGUACCUGGACAAUUCACUGGUUACACACACUGAUCUGGUACUGCUAAGCCAAAUAACAGCUUAGCACGAGUACAAGGUACCAAAGAAGAGACAAUGGCCCCUUUGCUCCUUCUUCAGUCAUUGUACUGCUGUGCUGCUGUGAGUUAAACAGUGGUUUGGCUGAAUGUGUCAUCGCAGUCUGGGUUAUUGAAAUGUCUGGCUACAGACAAACCAGGAGCUGUAAUGAAGGUUUGUUCUUCAUUUACAUCUUGUGUUUAUCUGGAGGAGACAUGGCUUAUUCCUGGAUUCAGGCAAUAUGACAAGACAAACCAUGUCUUCAUCUUGCUGCAACAUAGCAGCAGCAGGAAGGAAGAGCAGAACAGCAGCAAUCUCUGCUCCAGGAGUCUGCACACGUCAAGAAUUGAGCCACUUUGUAACUACUAUUAUAAAUUAGUAUGUUAGUGCCAAAGACAAAAAAUCCAUUUCUUCUUCUAAAUGGUAACUGUUUUAAGAGUGGACCUUUGAAUGUUGCUGUGAACUUAGACCCUAUCAUACAAUUCAUGCUUUAAAAAUAUGGAAGCCAUCUUCGAUUGGAAUGGUGUGGGUCUCCUAUGGCCACUGAAAUGCAAUAGAUUUAUUGAAUCCACUAGCUUCACAGCUGGUGAUCUUAAAACUAUUUGACCAGUGCUCCUAAUAUUCUGCCACAUUGAACUCCCCUCAUCUUCAUAUUUAUUAUUUUUAAUUAAUGUCAUCACGUUAAACAACCCCAGUAGUUAUUUCAUUCUGCUGUGGACAUUAUUACAAUACAGACAUUUCUUGUGAGAGCACAUAAAUGCCUUCCAUCUUCAGGGAAAGAAGGAAAGCCAAAACAUGGUCAAUUGCCCAUAUAUCCAUGUGUGUGUAUGCCUAGACGACACAUUACUACUUAGAAUGAAGGUAUGCAGUUCCCAAACCAAACCCCAUAGAAGUGAUUAUUGCAGUCUUCUGAAACUACAGUAGGUGCUUCACAAAUCCAGUAAAUACUGGUUCUACACUAUAAAAAUCUACAAGCAGGUUGGUGUAAUGAGGAAGCCUUUGUUUCUUUUAAACUAUAUCAUGUCUGGUCCUCCAGCACACUUGUCAAUAUACUGUGUAGGCUGCAACUGACAUAGCCUUGUUUCCUUUCCAGCAAAAAAAAAGGCAACUUUUCGAUCGGUAUCACAGAGUACGAAAACAGAAGGUAUUUACUUUUUAAUGCUAAUUGACUUUGCAGGAAGCAUCUGCAAAGGGGAUUGUAUGUUGCUGUCUGGUAGGAAACAGCUAAUCAGAGUGGCAUAUUUGAAAUGAGGGGGUGGUGUUUUAUUUGGUGACUUCAUCAGAAAACUCUCCAGUGUCAGCAGUAGAAUUGGAUGGCCACGAAAAUGAGCUGUCCAGAUGCAAAUUCCACCUCCAAAAGUUUUAUGAAUGAUAAUCCAUUAUCAAAGUACUAAAUUUUGUACACUGAAAAACAGGUAUACUAAAGAAUAGUACUGUAAGAAGAAGAGGUUCUCUCACUCUGUGUAAUAAAGAAAGCAUAUGUACAUGCAGACAAGCAUUACACCAUAACAAGGAUUACACCAUAACAAUGGGUGUUUGCCACACUUUUACCAGAGAAGAAGGAUGGGGGAUAGAUAGUUUUGGAGGGAUUGGAAAUGCUGAUGGAAGAACUAGAGCCUUUUGAUGCUUCCAUUGCUCCUUUGGUUUGUGGGUGGCGCUGUGGGUAAAACCUGAGCGCCUAGGACUUGCCGAUCGCAUGGUCGGCGUUUCGAAUCCCCGCGGCGGGGUGCGCUCCCGUCGUUCGGUCCCAGCGCCUGCCAACCUAGUUCGAAAGCACCCCGGGUGCAAGUAGAUAAAUAGGGACCGCUUACCAGUGGGAAGGUAAAUGGCGUUCCGUGUGCUGCGCUGGCUCGCCAGAUGCAGCUUGUCACGCUGGCCACGUGACCCGGAAGUGUCUACGGACAGCGCUGGCUCCCGGCCUAUAGAGUGAGAUGAGCGCACAACCCUAGAGUCUGGCAAGACUGGCCUGUACGGGCAGGGGUACCUUUACCUUUUACUUUUUUGUCUUAUCAGAAGGACAAUAGGGAUUAAAAUAGUAGGAAUAAAGCUGAAUAAUCACAAAGGGACCAAAUCCUGACGGGUUUCAGGCAGGUGUGCAACAGGGGAGAUGCAUUAUCACCUUUGAUUAAAUCACUUUUGCUCCCUCUGUUAACUUUUACUUUUUUAUGUUGUUUUUUGAUAAAGUGAAACUGCAUUUUUGGCUUUAUUUUGAAGGGAGCAGAAGCUUCAGCCCUUCUCCUAUUUAUCUUCUUAACUCAGGGCUUCACCCCCAGUUGCAAAAAGAAGGCCACAGUGAUGUUUUCUACUCUGGGCUCAUUAUUGCCCAUAAUCCCUUUGAGGCAGACCAGGUCCUUGGCCUUGGAAUCCUAAACAUAUUUUUCUAUGGAAAAAUGUGGCAGUGCAAUUUUCAAAAAGUACAAAUCCAAGUGGCUAUAGAAGGUUCAUAGCCUCUGUGACAUAACCAUGGUUCAUUUUGUGAUGAUCCAGGAUCCUUUACUUGUGGUGAUCCUUGUUUCAACAGAGUGGCACUCUACAAGGAGAUAAAUAAGCCUUUGCGGCUGUAUCCUGGCAUUAAAUAAAAUUUUUGACUAGUAGGAAUUUUGAAAGGUCUGUAUAUGUAAAUGAAUCAGCCUGAUUCGCACUUCCCAGACUAAUAUGCAGCUCAGAUUGCAGUUAGGCUUGGGGUUUUGUCUUUCUUCAGAUGUUGUGAUACACAUUUUAUGUGCCCUUUGAUACAUUUUUUGAGCCAAAAACUGUAUUAUUGUUCUUAAAACAAAACCUUAGAAUGGUGCAGAAAUGGGUUGGAAUGGACUUAUGAGUGAGUACAUAUAAAACUGAAACAGAUGAAAAAUCCAUCCAUCCCUGUUCCUUAUUAUUCCACAGUACUGAGUGGCAAUACUGCCUUUGGAGAUUAGUUAUGAAAUUUAAGUGAUAAAUUUUUAAAAUCUCUUUUAUUUUAUUAAUUCUUUUUGUAGCUGAGGAUAAGAAGGAAGCUCAGAACGUCAGACUGCUUGCCAUGGCACUUCAUAAAGAUGGACUCUAUACAGCUGGAAAUGUAUGUAAGGCACCAUUUGGUAGAGGACUGUAGCCUCAUUGUGAGUGCCAGCCAGCCAAACUCCAAUGUUAGCUUUAGUCCUAUGCUAAUUGCAGGUGUGCGGGUGGCGCUGUGGGUUAAACCACAGAGCCUAGGACUUGCCGAUCAGAAGAUUGGCGGUUCGAAUCCCUGCGACGGGGUGAGCUCCCGUUGCUCUGUCCCUGCUCCUGCCAACCUAGCAGUUCGAAAGCACGUCAAGUGCAAGAAGAUAAAUAGGUACCACUCCGGCGGGAAGGUAAACGGCGUUUCCGUGCACUGCUCUGGUUCGCCAGAAGUGGCUUAGUCAUGCUGGCCACAUGACCCGGAAGCUGUACGCCGGCUCCCUCAGCCAAUAAAGCGAGAUGAGCGGCGCAACCCCAGAGUCAGUCACGACUGGACCUAAUGGUCAGGGGUCCCUUUACCUUUACCUAAUUGCAGGUGUGCAGGCUGGAUUCAGGCUGGAACAACAUUGAGGGUCAGAGUGUGAAAGCCCCCAGCCACCCCUAGUCCUGACCUGUUUGGAGCUCUAAAAAUAGCUAUUUCUGCAAGAAAAAAUGUGCAUUCCAGAGCAAAGGAUGUGUGAUAGGGUGAGAGAGAGAGAGAUUUGCCUAAGGUGGAGAUGAUAUUCAAAUCAGGGACUUUGAUCUGUAGCUCAGUCACUUAGCUGCUAUGCUACACCGACUCACAGGCAUCAGCCACACCCUUCUGCUAAUUCCCCACCUGCUGCCAUAAUAUGCCAUCCUGGAGUUGCACCAAAUGUAAACACAGAAACUUGUUGCUUAUACCUAAGUCCUAAGAGCCAAACUAGAUGUAAGGCAUUGGAGAUGGUGAGUGGAUAUACUGUAUUGGCCCAAAUAUAAGCCACACUUUUUUCUCAAAUUUGGGCCGUGAAAAGUUAAAAUGCGGCUUAUAUUUGCAACCUUACCGCAUGGCUCCCCCCCACCCACAUACCAGGAAGCAGCCCAGGAGUGCUGGGCAGUGGCACGCUGCCCACCUGCCACUCCCAAGCCUCCCCCAGCUGCCAGAAAUAAGGGGAGAGGCCGCCGGCAAAGCAGCACAGCUCCCUCCUCCAGAGAGCAGCCUGGGAGCGUGGGGCAGUGAUGCGCGAGCUGCCGUAAAGAAGGGGAAGGCCGCCCGCAAAGUGCCCCCCCCCCGAAAGUAGCCUGGGAGCUCGCAGCCCACCUGCCGCUCCCAAGCCUCCCUUGGCACCAGUGGGGAAGGUAGUGCCGGGAGUCGAUAGUGCUGGGAGGUGGGCCACAUCCGCAAAUAAACCUUGAAUUUUAAAGGUGUGGCUUAUUUGUGGGUGUGGCUUAUAUUCAGGCCAAUACCUCUUAAUUAUUAUUACUUCCUUUUUCAGUAGCCACAGGAUGGCAAACAAAUUUGGUUGGGGCUAGAGUACUGACGGAGGGAGGAGGUUAAUCUUUCUCCCUGCACCAUGAUCCCAGUUUAAAUUGCCCCUCUCUAAGUUGCUGUUUUCCCAUAAGGGGCAAAUACAUGUACAUUUUCACUAAUAGUGUGUUGGGAGGGUAUUAUUUAGAUAAUAAUUAGGAAAUUAGGAAAACAUUAUCGGGAAAACACAGGAUUGGGAAAACACUGUCCCUAUUUAAUUCCACCUAGUUGGUUGCUAUGCUGUCUUGCUAAUUAUGCUUUUAAAGGUGUGUGUCUGUUUUUGCCUAGGAUGGCGUUGUGCGUUUAUAUAAAAUCAAAGGCAACAGUUUUCAGAUGGAGGACUGUCUGGAAGUGGAAGAGCCCAUAACAAAUCUUAUCUUCUCCCCUGACUACUUUUACUUAUUAGUAGAAACAGAAAAGGUAUAUUGUGAAAGGCAAAGUUGCUAAGUUGCUGAUAAAUGGUUCCUACCUUAAAUUGGGAUAUUUUAAAAAAUGAGCCUAUAAUCAGUACAAUUUGGGAUCUAUCGUACGCAACAGUAGUGCAGCUCAUGUAGGAAAUAAUCAAAUAGUGCUGGAUACUGAUUUUGCAUCUGAUUUUAAUCUUUGCCUAAACAUGCAAAUGAGGAUUGAGGUAUGAAAUUCAGAAGAUUAAGUCAUAUAUGCUGGGGGGAAACCCAUGGUUGAGUGUGUGUAUAUGUGUGUCUCUGCUUGCUUGAAUAUGUGUGCAUGCCUGCUUGCCUAUCUGCUCACCUCUGUAUAUCUUUCUCUGCCUGCUUGAAUGUAUCUGUGCUUUUCUGCUAAUAUGUCGUUCUCCCACUGAGUGAGCGUGUGUGCAUCUAUGGUGUGGGCGGGGUGUGUGUGUCUAUUUGUGUAUACAUGUGCUUUAUUUGUGGUUAAUAUAUGGGGUAUGUGUGCUUAUGUGUUGGUUAUGCUCACUUUGGUCACAUCCACAUGGCAUUUGGCCCCUGGAAGGAUGGCAAAUCCUCAAUGUGAUGCUUAGGUUAGCCUGUAUUAAAGCCCUGGAAAGGUAAGAUGUCUUUACCUGGCACUGAGAAUAUAACAUCAUGGGCACCCAUUGAGCCUCUCUGGGCUGAGCAUUCCACAACCAUAUUGGCAGUCCACCACUGAAAAGUCCCUUCCUUUAAUAGCCACCCACUACACUUCACCUGGGGAGGUGGGUGGCGCUGUGGUCUAAACCACUGAGCCUCUUGGGCUUGCCAAUCAGAAGGUCGGUGGUUCGAAUCCCCGUGACGGGGUGAGCUCCCGUGGCUCGGUACCAGCUCCUGCCAACCUAGCAGUACAAAAGCACGGCAAAAAGUGCAAGUAGAUAAAUAGGUACCGCUCCGGCGGGAAGGUAAACGGUGUUUCCAUGCGCUGCUCUGGUUUCAGUGUUUCGUUGCGCCAGAAGCGGCUUAAUCAUGCUGGCCGCAUGACCCGGGAAAACUGUCUGCGGACAAACGCCGGCUCCUUCAGCCUGUAAAGCGAGAUGAGCGCUGCAACCCCAGAGUCCUCUGAGACUGGACUUAACUGUCAGGGGUCCUUUACCUUUUACACUUCACCUGGCAGGGGCACCUGGAGAAGGGCUGUUUAAAAAGAUCUCAGAGUCUGGGCACUUUACACCUAUCUUUCUUCUUCUUAGAAAAUAGCUACCAGCAUUUCCUCAUUGUGCUCUGCCAUAUUAGCAGUAAAUCAGGAUCAAAAAAGUAGUCAAAUGUCAAUGAAAUUGCAUGUGGUUGCUACAGAAAGCAAGUUGUUAGUGUGACAGCCAGUUUUUCAGUCCUUUAUGGAAAUGCAUAAAAUAAUUGAAUCAUAUAACCUGAUAUUCGUCAAUUUGAGCUCAAAUCUACUUCUCAACAUCUAAAAAAGAAAAUUGAGAAAGAUAGGUGCAUUUUUCUCAAAGAAUUUAGGAUAUGCUUUUUCUGUCCUCAUAAUAGAUUAUCAUAUCCACUUAACAGGGAUCACUCUUCGCUUUUAAUCCUAACGAUAAUGAAGAUGUUAUCAAGUUAAUGGAUGCCAGUAUAAGCCAUUUUGUAGGAGCUGAGUUUCUUGUUCCAGGAAACAAGCACUGUGUGGUAAGGAACUCUUAUUUUCCAAAUAACAGAAGAGAGAAACCAGUGUUUUUUAAUGCGCUGUCACAACCUUUGCCAGCUUGCAGUCCUCCAGAUGUUUUGGACUACAACUUCCAUUAGCUGUAGGAAUUGUGCUCCAAAAUAGCUAGAGGCCGCCCAGUUGGGAAAAGGCUGCACCAUCAUCUUGUGAAGGCUAUUACAAUUCAAGAUUCCAAAUGAGAUCCGAAAACCUAUUUCCAUAUUGAUUGUUCUACUUUGAUGUUUUUAUCCUAUUCAUUUUACAAAGCACUGUAAGCAGCUGGAUAAGGCAGGCUGUAAAUAAAAACUAAAUACAGGCAGUGACCAUUUUUGGCUUGUCCAAUUGACAUGCGAUCACUGAUGCAUGGGUCCUUUUGGACCCAGAAGAGGGCAGAAUGGGCGUAUAAUGGGGCAGGGUGGGUUUAUGCAUGCUCUGCCAAAUGUAUGUGGGGGCUGGGAACAAAACCCCUGCACAAAAAUGGUCACCACCUGUAACAAACAAAUACAGUGGAACCUUGGUUGUCGAACUUAAUCCAUUCUGGAAGUCCGUUCGACUCCUGAAAUAUUCGAAAACCAAGGUGCGGCUUGCAAUUGGCGCAGGUGCCCCGGAAACAAUAGCCGCCAGCCUCAUCGGACGUUCGGCUUCCGAAAAAUGUUCAAAAAUGAGAACGCUUCUGGGUUUUUGGUAUUCAGGAGCCGAUUUGUUCGUCAACUAAGCUGUUCGAGAACCAAGGUUCCACUGUAACUAACUGGCAUUUUUAUUUCAAUGUAUAUAAGCCAUGCAGUGGGAGCUGUGCUAAUGAGCCUUGCUUUAGUCCUACUGCUAAAGAAGGAAGAGGAUGAGGCAUUUCACUAGUAAGCCAAACAUAGGAGUAGGCAGGGUUGUGCUCUCCAGACCUUGCUGGACUCCAAUUCCUGUCGUUCCCAGACAGCAUGGCAAGUGGUCAGGGAUGAUGGGAGUUGAAGUCCACUAUCUCUCUGUAUACUGAAACUCUUGGUGCAAAGUUGUUGCAUCCCUUUGCAGUGGUAGGUAGUUUAAGCACCACCUUUAGAUGUCAGGCCUCUUACAGUUAAUCUCACAUGACUCCCUUUUGAAAUCGGUGCUUCUAGACAGUCACAGUUUUGUGAGAGGUAUUCAAGUUAGGUUUGUGCAGUUCAACUAGAUUAAAGGUCUCUGCCAUCCUAGCACAGCAAAUCAAAAGAAACUGGCCUUAUGUGGUUUAGCGAGUAAUAGGGAACUGCAUUAAAAAUGGCGGGACGAAUGAAUUACCAACAGGAAGCCAUAUAAACAUGCUACAAGCAAAUCAGGAUGAAUGCAAAAUGAUUGCCCAUUGUUGCAUAACUGCCCCGUAAACAAAUAAGGAGAACUGCUCACUAAAAUCUGGAAAUAGUGUAGCCACAAGUACGCCCUCAGUCACAAGGUGUGUUAGCUUGAGUGUCAACAGAUUGCUAACUUACUUAUUUUCUCUAGGAACUCUGUUUUGUUUUGUCUAUAAUAAUGUCCUGGGGGGAGACCAGAUAGAUUGGAUAGCGCAUCUUUGUGUUUAAAUUUGGAACUGCUCUAGUAACAUAGAAAUGGGGUUUAGGAUCUGAUAUUAAAAGCAAAUGGGUUGCAUGAAGCAAGGAUCUGAACCCUCUUUCCUCCUAUGGCUUAGCACCACCUUGCCCUUCUCACUAAAUACUUUCUCCCUCUUCAGAGCCAGAGUAGCAUCAGCUUCAGGUUUCAGAGACCCAGAUAGGAUCAAAGUGCCUGGAGAGUAGUGCUGAUGGAAGAUAUCCCAGGAGCCUGGUCGGAAGCUCUGAAUUUCUCACUCGCAAACUUGCUUUUGCUUUUAAAGUUGGAUCCAGCAUACAAAAUUGCUGCCAUUACAUCUGUUGGCUCUUAAGUAAACUUGUUCAGUGCAAAUAGAGCACACUGGUGUGCAUAGCUAGUAUGUCAAGUCACCAACCUGAUUUAUUUUCAAUUGUUACUUACAGCGUUUUCCCCUCUUAUAUUGUAGUCUGUAGCAGGAUCAGGAGAGGUACAUGUUUGGCAGUUGGAAGAUGGUGCUUUUGUCAGCAAGCUAUGUCUACAUACCUUGGUAUGCACAAACAGAAUCUGAGUAUGUAAUUAAUGAGACAUUUUAUCUGUUGUCUUAUUCAAGCCAGCAAUACAUUUGGUCCAGCAGAGAACUAGAGUUUUGAGAGAGACCAAUAUUAUUUUUCCUAGUAAAACAGUCUAUCCAAUAGAGCUUUUGGUAUAGAAAAACCAAGAGUACUCUGAUGGUACUUAAUGAGAAAAAUGAAAAAGAAUAUGAUAUUAUAUAUAUGGAUUCACUGUUUGCUAUUUUACAAAGCAUGCUUUUGAACUUCUAUGGAAUUUUAAAAACAUUUAUGAAGCUGUUUCAUAUGCAAAUGUGUCAAGAAUAAAACAAGAAGAAUUAUGUUAACUAAGUAUGGCCUAAUAAUGAUCCAUGCGUGAUUGAUAGGAUUCUUUUUCGAAACCCCGUAAAAGUAACUUGCACUUGAAAAACUAAGAAUCCUUGUCAUUGCCAUAAAAUGUUUCUUAAGAUCCUGUCACGGUGAAAUUCACUGUCAUUUGUUCUUUCCAUAGGUCACUGCAAUGGCCUGUAGCCUUUCAUGUUCAUGUGUCACAGCGGGAACUAAAAAGGGCCAACUUUACUUUAUAGAUCUUACUGCCAUUGAAACGCCUAGGGUGGUUCACCGAGUUUCCAUAUCUGAGCAUCCUAUUCAAUUUUUGCAGUAAGUAUAUUGAGAAAGCAGAGCAAAAAAGACUGCCUGGGCUCAAACACAAGCAGGGGGCCCACCGGAUACAAAGGGGUCAGCAAACCCUUUUUGGAGGGGGCCAGUUCACCUUCCCCCAGACCUAGUGGUGGGAUGGACUGCGCGUGUGCGGUGGAGGCGGCUUCUCUCUCUCUCUCUCUCUCUCUCUCUCUCUCUCUCCAGCCCCUCCCCUCCCCCAAACCUAAAUCCGGCCCUGGUCGGGCACCAGCAGCCCCUGGAGGGAGUGACAGAUGCCGCCAUCUCCCUGCCAUAUCAGUUGCCAUAUUUCAAGACAAAAACAAUACUUAAUUAAGCAUGGCAGCCCCCAUCCUCUGGAACUCUGCCUAUUUAGAUCAAGUAGGCACCGUCACACUACUAUUUCGGGUGCCUGCUAAAAGCUAUUGUGUUUAUACACACCUACUCAGAUGCUUAGAAAAUUGGAGUAACUUUAGUCUGUUAACUUAUGUAUGCUUUAAAGUAGGGUUAUAUUUUUUUCUUGAUUUACUGUUUUAUCUUUUGUAAACAGCUUUGAGGGGUUUUUUUUAACAAUCAAGCAAUGUAUACUUUUAGUGAAAUAAGAUAGUUAAUAAAUAAUUUUUGAUGUACUAUAUUUGUUCCUUUUCCCUCUCAAGCUAUGAACAAAGUGGUCAGUUUCUCAUAACGUCAACAAUAAAUGGAUAUAUCUUUAUUUUAAAUGCUCUGCCCAUGGAAUCAUUUCAAGUCCUUGGAUACGUAGGUAAUGCAGUACGUUCAAAAUUCAUGGAUAUUUGUUGACUGCAUAUGCUGGCUGCAAUAUUUGCAAAUGGUAAUGGAUAUUAUUUCCUGAGCAUUUUUAAAGAAGAUGAUACUCUGCAGAAACUGAAGGUUUUACUUCAAAAUAAUAGUUUGUCUUAAGGCUGAAAGAGAAUAUCAUCCGGCCUGUAUACUAUCCACAUUUAAAGGAAAUUCCUUGACACUGGAUUUUUGCUAGCACCCUGUGAAUAUUUGCUUUAGUUUCCUUAAAAAUAAAUAAGUGUCUGCAUAGCUUCUAUAGCUACAGAAGAAAAUCUGAAAACACUAUGGCAGGUAAUUGGGGGAGGGGGGCUGUUUCCUAAAGGCUCUUUCUGUUCAUUGGAAUUUUGAGGACCAACUCAAUUUUUUUAAUGGGUUAAUAAUAGAACUGAUAUAUAUCCACUCAUUGUGACCUGGUGUAUCUAUCAUGCUGAUUUCUUUUUGGGGUGAGCAAGCCUAACUUUACGCAUAACACCCUUGCACAAAGGAGCUGUAAUGGGCUUCCUUGAGUUUUUAAUAAUAAAGUGGUGAAAAGAACUGUUAUCGGAACUCCUACAUUCUUUUAUAAGACUGAAUGCAUUUGUUAGGUCCCCAGUUCAGAUCAGGGUCAUGGUGCUGGCAAAGAAAGAUUUAAACCAGCUUUCUAAUUCUGGUUUGUCCGCCUUCCAAGCUGCAGUUUGCAAUAUGCUUAAGUUGUGUAACAAAUUACAAGUGAUUAAGAAUGCCUUCAAUUGGGACUAGGUUUUUAUGUGUAUAUGUGUGAUAUAAAGUUGACUAUCUUCUACUUCCAAUGUUGCUGGGAAUCAGAAGUAGGAAGUGUGCUGUUAUAGUAAGGUCCUACUUGCAGGUUUCCCAUAGGCAUCCAAUUGACUAUGGCAAGAACAGGAUGCCUGAAUAGAUGGGCCUUGCGCCUAAUUCAGCAGGGCUUUCCUUAUGUUCUCAGGUUUUUCCCUGUAGAGAAAUAGUCACAGACAAAGAGGCCCUAAUUUCAAAAGCUAGUCUACCUACCUCUUUACUUGGUGUUACCUUCCCAGAGCUCCUAAUAUAUUGUACGCCAAUAGAAGGAAUAUAUCAUUGUGAUUCUCUACCUUGCUUGAAAUACUGAUUUCUCUUCACUUUAGCAAUGACCAGUGAGAUUCUUGAUAUAACUUCAGUCUAUGAUAUAGAAAAGAAUUCAACUGAAGUGAUUGUACUCCUUUGUCCACCGGAGAUCAAAAGGGCACGAGUGGAGAUAUUUAAUCUUCCUUCAAAGAUUGUUCUGGGUAAAAAUGAAAUACCGUGUGAAGUUCUGCUAUAGUUGUGUCCUGUAUUAGUCAUUUUUAAAAAUCAAAUAUGCUAACUGGAAACCCAUUCUCCAGGUGUGGAGCCCUUCCUUGCCAAAAUGGACCAUCUACACACGGGGGUGGGGGGGUAUUAGCAGACUAAUGAGAACCCCAAGGUUCACAACAGUACAAACAUUAUUUGGGGUGGACUCUAAAGAGGGGAGGGAGAACAGGACUUGCAAUAUUCUGUGAUCAUGAAAUGCUGGCUAACUGGAGGCGGGAACAGAAAACUGGAGUUGGGAGGGUGGGAAUGGAAUGGAACAUCCUGGGAAGGGAUGUGGCUAAGCAGGAGUACUCUACCACUCUGCACAUUUCGUUGUGGGCACUUCUAAUUCUUUCUCUCUGUGUAGGGUAAUCACAGAGAAUGAAGGGAAUCUAGCAUAGUAGAACCAGGAACAAAAAGCAAGAAAAUGGAGAAAGCCUUUGCUUCUUAUCUCCAUAGUGUCUCAUUUAUAGGGAGAAGUGUGAGGAUGCACACUUUGGGCUUGUCUACACUUCCGCUUGUCAAGUGCCAAGAAAACAUGGGUCCCAGCUGUUCUUUGUCCCAUGCUUUCUAGGCACGGGUCUGAGUGGUUUAGCUGUUGUCCUGCCACUUUCCCCUAGAAAACCAGCUUUUUAGUGUUAAAUCGGAGCAAACAUCAAUCCAGAGAAAGCCUGAUUGAUGUUUGUUCCAAUUCAGCAGUAAAUGGGGUUUUCGCAGGGGAAAACAGAAGUGUGGAUGAGUCCUUUGUACAGAUAUUCUAGAGAUUCAGGCUAUAACUACACAUUUGAUUGAGAGCCUGAUCUAUGUACUUAACACUUAUCAUGUGCUUUUUACAUUAUUAUUUUUAGUGAGAGAUAACUACUGACAUGGAAGUAACGUCUUUCUCUCUUCCCCAUCCCACUAUGAAUCUUUUUUUUUCCUGUAGAAAAUGAUGAGUGUAUCAAUGAAAGAGGGCAGUUGAAAGAAAGUGUCAUUCAGACCCGUGGGUAUGAACUAGAAUAUGCUCUAAGUUCUGUGGUCAAGCGGAAGGACAGCACGGUGUUUGGCUAUGCUACCCAGGCACCUUUCAUCUGCAAAUACCAUCUUACGUCAAAGGUAUGAUCCUAUUGCACAAUAAAUCAGGUGACUUAAGGUGGUCAACCUAGAUGUGAAAUUUGUUAACUGCAUUUCCAUUUCUUUAAGCUCUUAGAAUUCACAGCCUUGGAGCCUAACAAUCUGGGCCCUACAGCAGUAGGAAGAGGAUUUAACUCCUACUCCCAUUUUCCUUAUGCACUCCCCAGUUUUCCAAAUCUGACACUUUAUCCUAGAUAAGUAGCUAUGUGUGGCUUUCUCAGUGCAUCUACCAUCUUCUUGCAGGAUGCACACUUGUAGUUCACAGGAGCCUCGUGCUUUGCACCAAUAACAAUCUCUGUGUCCUUAAUGCUGGUCUCAAACCAGUCUGCUGUGCUUUUUUGCUAAAAGAGGACAUAGCUGUGUUGUAGGUUGCCUCUUCGAUGUAGUUCUACCUUUCUUCAGUGCCAGUGCUUGUUCAACGGUAUCGGAGAAGCAUUCACAAAGUUCAGGUAUGGCUGUUGUAGAAGUGUUGAUUUGAGGUCACACUUUCUUCUUUGUGCUAUCCAUCUCUUUGGCUGGAGAUGGAUCUUGCUCACCACUAGGGAGUGAUCCAAGUUUAAUAACAUGUCCAAAAAGGAACUAGCUCCAGUUCAUGAUCUUUCAUAUACAAAAUGAAGUAGUUCCUUCAUGUUGAUUUCACAGUUCAAGUUCAUCCAGUUGGUCCUCAGUAAUUUUCCUCAACAUUCAGAACGUUGCAAGCUGCUGUGGUGAAGUAUAAAAUAAUCAAGUUGGAAGUACCUUAAGGCUGUGCAUCAAGGGAGAAUGAACUUGAAGAUGAACUUGAAAUUGUUCAGCGUCCUGCAUCAAAAUGAAUUUAAUUCUCAUUCAGUUCACCUGCCAAUUACGGGAAAUACUUUCAGGCAUAGUUCAGAGAUUUCUUUAACUAAUUUAGGAAAUUUCAUUAAAUCAAUCUAUUUAAUUCCAAGCACUGAUGACAUCACUGGCACAUGCCAGGGCCUGGCAGUCUCAGUCCCUGAUUGGCAUUCGCAUAGUAGAUAGGAGAUUUCCUGCCAUGCUUCCAAGGCUCUGUUUGCAAAGCCAAGAGCUGUAGUGGGGUCUAUUGGGUUGACACUGAGCAUCUAGGAAACCUUGUACUCACAAGAACUUUACGGGGCCAGCAAGACUGUAACGUCCUGGAGAGCAGCUCCAAUUUCUGCUUUACAUUUAGUACUGGUGAGUUGUAUGAAAUACAGAAGCGACUUGGUUUCUGCCCAAGAGAACUACAUGUAGGGUUGGCAGUAAAGCCUACUACAAACAGCAGUCCCCAUAAAGAUUUAACAUAGCCCUGUCUUAAGUCUUAAAAAUUGUCCAUCCUCUUAUUUUCUUUUGUUUUCUUAGCUAUUUUACAUGAGGAUUCUUGAAUACUACCACAAUCACAUCUGCUAUGUAAUGUUACCUGUUCAAUUCACAGAUAACCUGGAAAGACCAGCCAAUCAUAUUUGCAGAGAAGACGACACCAAGCAAACAGUUUGGACGGGGUUUCCUGGAAUUGUCAGCACAUGGCAAGUGGUUAGCUUCAGCUUCAGAGAGUGGCCUCUUAUUUAUCCAUGAUGCUUCAAAUCUGGUAUUUGUCAUAGUGUGGCUCCCAUUAACCUUUGCUAGUCAGAAGUAUUUCAUAGGUGCUUAAGCUAACUAAUAAAAUAAUCUAUGCAGCUUAAUCUUUCAUGCACGUAUUAUUCCAAUUUUAACCUCUCCAGUAACACUAUUAGUGCUACUAAUAGCAGACUGCUGACAAAAGAAUAUGCAUUUUAUCUCACUGGUCUCAGUUAAAAAUAAAAUACCACUUUCCCCCCUUUCAUUCAGUGAUCUGUUUACAAACGAAGCAGUCUUUAUAACAGAACAACAUGCUCACAUUAAAAUUUGUGCAUAGUGUUACUGUUUCUUCACAUUUCUAUUAUUUGGGUACAACUUAAUUUAGCUUAAUGCAGGAUUGGGUCUUACCCAUGGCAUGCAAAUCUUUGUGUUUUGGCUCUGGUUCAGGCAGACCAGAACACAAAGGACUGGAGGCAGGUGACAUAACCUAAGAUAGGAGUUCUGAAGAUGGCAGAUGGGAGAAAGGAGGAUGCACGAGUUCAGCAGCUUCUCCAAUGGCACGUUGUACAGACUAAGUUGACUGUUGUCAGAGCUUUAUCAGUGGGUGCAGACUGGCCUUUGAGUUCAGCUGAUCUUCUUCAAGUUCAUCCUGAAACCAUAAGUCAUUGUUGAGCUAUGGAACUCUGUCAUGGUUUUGCUGAAGAACCACCCUGAACCACAUUGAACCAUGCUUAAGAAACUAGGAGCUAACCGUGAGAUGGUGUGCUUUUUGUCCCAGCUCCUCCCUUGUCAUGCAUGAAUUCCCCAAAACAUUUCUGAUAACCUUAACCAUGACAAGGGGCUGUAUUUAUCAGUUUCAACCUAGUUAAUGAGAAUCAGGUUCCCUCUUAACCAGGGUUUGCACACCUUCAAAUUCCAGUUAGCAUUAAACAUGGUGCAGAUAUAACCGUUAAUCAUAAUUAAGAUUGUCAUGGUAAAUACGCAUAACUUGCAAUCUGCUGGAACCAGAGGCCUUUUUUGGUAUUAUUCUGAAAAACCUGUGUAAGCGGCGGGGGGGGGGGGGGAGUUGCACACUCUAGCUCCCCGCCCCCCCAUGCCUACCUAAUCCCAUGUUGAGCAUAAAGGUCAGUUUAGGUUUUCUAAACCUGCUUUUAGAAGCUUCCCCACAAUCAGAAUCCUAGUGUUAUCAGGGUUCCUGGUCGCAAGCAGGCUUUUAAGCACAUUCAGCUGAGCAUUCUGUGAGCCCUCCUUCAAACCUUCUUGUGAAACAUGAGAAGUUUGUGGAUGGCAUGGGUCUCACCAGAACAUGCACAGACAUUGAAGAUGGGGCUGGUGUGCAAAAUCCCCUACGCAGUGUUAAAACACAGAAUAAUGCCUAUACAGAGCUAGGAUCUUACUUCUUUCCAGGUAUGAAAGAGUGAAGUGUUUCCUGCACUUUCAGAGCUUCAUCUGCCACAUCCAUCAGUGAGAAACUCAUGUGCAUGUGACGCUCUAAAUCAUGGCCUUUGUCUCUAAAUUAAUAUUCAGCUUUUCUCAUUUAAACAUGAAUAUAGUGAACCACAUACCUAUUAAAAUGGACAUGGCUGCAGAAUGUGUUUUAGAUGCAUUUAUUUCUCUGUUGUAAUCCUUCCAAAACUCUUUGGUUUGAUGGGGUACAGAUUACAACAAUUAAAUAAACUGGUCAAGUACUGACAUAAUGUUUCCAAUCUCUCUUGUUUAAAAAAAAAACUUUAAAAAUUUUUAAAAUGAGAACAAAAUGCAAACAACAUUAAACAUACUGAUAUAACUGGGGUGUAGUGGCGGAGGAAAACUAGAAUGGAUACGAUGAAGGGGAAGAAAAGGGAAAAUAAGACCCUCCAUUAAUUCAUAUGCUGCAUCUUUCAUCAGUAUCCAAGGCAUCGAAAAAUUACUUUAUCCUAAUCUUCUAAAAUAUAUCUUCUCCACAAACUUAAUUGGAUCAUUGGGGGUCUAUGUACCGUCUCUGUUGUAUUGAUGUACUGUAUAUAAAAAAAUUUAAACCAAAUAGCAUAAAAAACAUCUGAUUUAGAUUCUUUCCUAGUUACUUUUCAUUGAUAUGUGAGAUGCUCAGAGAGAGCUGUAUCCCGGCUUCUACCAGCCCAAUCUCUUCACCAUAGUUAAGAGAAUAAAAGCAGGUUGCGGAAUCUCAAUGUCCCUCUCUCUAGAAGGAAUUCCUUGACUAUCAGGUAACAGUGGUAUUUUUUCUCUCUUCCUGCUUAAGGAGGUUCUGACUCGUGAAUACUGCCAUUCGUAUCAUGGACAGGGAAUCAGAUCUUUGGCAUUCUCACUGGAUGGCCAACAUAUUCUUGUAAAUGGCAUGCAGGACGGUGCACUUGUUUGUCUGAAAUGGAAGUAUGUAUAAGCUGAAGAAUGCCUGUAUAUGACAUAAAACAGCCUUUCAGCAAUUCCAUUAGGCUAUCGUUUCCUAUUCAACAGAGCAAUUUAAAUACUUUUAUAUACUUAUAUCUCUAUUAUUUGACCCCAAACAACUAGUUUUAUGUCAGCUAAAGAAGGGCAACUAAGGGUCUCUCCUGCUUUUUUUGGUAGGUGUGUUUUCUAAUGUGUCAUUUACAGUAUACUGGAUUUCCCCCACAUUUUUCUGCUUUAUUAGGUGUUCUGCAGUGCUUCCCAAUGUUACUAUAUUAUUGCUAUCUGAGUGGCGAUGGAGGGUGGGACUCUAGCACCAUAGCAAAAGAAAACCUGCAUAAAAAUUGUGAAGUUGGUGGUGUAAAAAUUUACAGGAUUUUGGGAGGAAGUAGAGCAACAUGCAGUGAAUGGAAAUGGAAACUGCAGGUGCAAACAGUAUUGAAAGUGGGAAUGCAUAUAACCAUCAUGAGCACAAAUCACCAUGAAUUGCAAUAAGAAAGAUGUCUGGAAUGGCUCUAAUUUAAUUGACAUGGGCUGCUAUCCUGACCGUUUAUUUUUGAGCAAAUAAGCAUUUGAUUUAGAUAUCACAAUCUUUUGAUCAGUCCAUUAAUUAUGGUGGUACAACCUUACCAAUUUCCUAGUUGUUUAAUUUCUCUCUAUCUUUUUUGCAGGAAACUGGGAGAGCGCAAAUCAAAGGAGGCCACUGACUUCGGAGCUUACCUUCUUAGUAAUGUACUCGACAACUAUAUUUUCCAAGGAAAUGCACACCUAAAGACCAUGCCAGAAUGGGCAGUGACAUCAAGUCCCAUAUUUAAGUUAUCAUUGGAUAGCAUUUCUUCUCAGGUUUUAAGACUUUUUAAAUAUAGUAGUGUGGUAUUUGAAACAUAGGUGCUAUAUAGAUCCGUGAUGUUCAUGUAUGGAAGUUGUGGAUGAGUUACAGUGCAUCCUCGAUCUGUUGUUAGAGGAUGUAUGGAGAAAAUGACAGAUGAAUGCUCUGGAUAAAGUGAUGUGAUUGAUGGAGGUCUUGCGUGAAGCUGCCAUAAACUAAGCUUAGUAGGAAUAAAAUACAGAAUUGAUGAAUAUAUAUAUAUAUAUAUAUAUAUAUAUAUACACACACACACACACAUACAUAUACAUAUAUAUAGGCAUGCAGAAAGGGCAUAGGGAACUGGGUAUGUUUGUAUUCUCUUUCACUAGAUUUUAGGACCAUCUUCCUGUUCAGCUUAUUAGAAUGAUGAAAACUAGUGAAGACUGGCAGCUCACUGGAUGACCCAGACCUGUAUUGUCAAGUUGUUGGGGAAGACAAAAUGAGAUAGCCAGGGCUUGACAUUCUUGCUCAUCCCCCUUGCUAUGGUGACAACCAUGUUCUGUUGACAGAGCUAAGCCUGAAGCUUCCUCUCAAUACUGGAGCUACAGAGGAGGGAGCCCAAAACAUGAGCAGGUUCUGCAGUAUGUUUUAGAUCUUCAUUUCCCGCAUACAAGCAGAAAGCAAAACAAAUGGCUACCUUCAUACUCUGGUUCUGGACAAUGGAGAGGCUCGUCUCUGAGCCUUCCAUGCAGUUAUAAUGUCUGAUGUGCUAGAGGAAAGAGAGCCCUGAAUGCUUCCCCCAACCCUCAGAAGCUCUGAACUGCAGGGAAUUGGCUGAGAGUUCAUUUGUUCCUGACCUCAUUUUGUGCAGCAUGGUAUCAAGGAUAAAACCCCACCCCAUGAGGCAGGGGCAUGCCCUAAUUAUGAGAAGUUUGUGACUGGCCAACAUGGCCACCCAAAGGAUAUUGACUCAUUGCAGUAACCCAACGAUAAGCCAUUCUGAGCUCUUUGAAAGAAUGGUAAGAUAAAACUGAUAGAGGCCAUGGAUCAUCAUUCAGUCCCACUUUGUAUUGUCCUCCAUGGCAUUAUGCGUCUACUGUUGUGAUGAUGUUUUAGUAAAUAUAACGCUUAGUAUAGUUCUAAUCCCUUUAGAAGCAAGGAAAUGUGAUGAGUGGCAAAGGUUUGUAGGGCUAGGCAGGCCCCAGACCAGCAUAAUAGUGAACUUAGUUUUCUGAUUAGUUUCUAUAAACAAUCAUUUUUAUACGGUAAUUGUAACAACCAUGGUAGUCUGCCACCAGCAUUGACAAAUCUUGUUGGGAGUCUAUGCAAAGCAAGCCUUAUAAUAAUUAUUUCAUUUAUUCAGAUUUAUUUAAAUUUGCACUCUCCCAUCCUAUAAGAAAAAUUAAGAGAGCAAAUGUUAAAUAUCUUAAAAUGAAAAUUCAGUAUACAAAAUGGAAAUCAAAAAUACAGUACUAACACAUUUUGGUGGCUGAAAAUUCUGAAGAUAAAUCGAUAAUAGGUCCUGUCUUUAUUUCUUUUUUAAUAUAACAUUGCAGAAGGCAUCAUUUAUUGAUACAACAGAACAAGAUGAAUACUUUCUUCUGACUCAAGCAAAACCUGAAGAGACUACAUGGUUGGACCAGAAAGCAGAGAUGGUAAUUUGUCCAGUGCUGCAAUAAAGUCUCGGUGGCAACUGAAAUGUGUUUUGGUGUCGUGCUGCUCUGUUUUUAAAGCUGCCCCAGUAUCAAAAAACUGGUAGAAAUCGCUUGGGAGUGAAAACCGAGCAGCUUAGGCUAUGUAUGUACCAAUGCCCCUCUUUUCAUUUCUGUUUGAUUCCUCUUUAGACCAGUUUAGACAUUACCACUCUGGUUGAAAUAACAUGGUUUGCUGAACCGGGAAGAAGCAACAAACUUGAGAGCCCACUCCUCCCCAGUCACUUUUCCUUUUGUAUGCCUAACUGCCUGAUUUGUUUGUUUGCUUUGACAUCCAAACCUGCAAAACUGAGCCACAGUUUCCCAGUUUGGAUACCAUAGGAAAUCAUGUAGUCUGCUCCCAAAUGAGAGGAUUAUGGAAAGGCAGGAGAGGGUGCUCAAAUUCAUAACAAAUUCUCAGUCCAACAAACCAGGUUUUGUUGGAAUGGGAAUGUGGUGUCUGAACCAGAUCUUUGUAUCAGAAAAUUCAUUUGCUUCUCUCAGGAAGUUUGCAGUCUGCACCAUUAAUAGCACAGGAUUACAAGUGAUUGGGACACUUACUGUCAAGCAAACCUGCUGGUUGGUCACCCAAUCAUUCACCACUGGCGCCUGUCCUUAUUUCUGUUCUAGCCAAGUUUUUUGACUGAAACUACAGGCAGUAAGAUUUUCACAUUAUAAUCUCCAUUAGAGCUUACCUGUACUUUAUUUCAUAUAUCUAGAAUCACAUUGUUAGUUACUUAGCAGCUCCCUCAAGGCAUAGCAUCUGUUCCUGGCUACUUCUUCUCUGCUCUUGGUCAUUACCAAAAAAUUCUCAGUCCUACCCCCGGAGCAAUGUCAUUUGGUGGGGGAGGCAGCCCUCAUGUUCUUGUAUUGUACAUUUCAUGUAAGCCAACUUGAGGAUCUUUCUAUAUCAAAAAAUACAAUGGUGUUUGAAGCAAAACAGGAAGUGCUGCACUGCUGCCAGCACCACUAUACCUGCUGUGCCAAUUUUGAGAGAUCUCACCCGAAAUCAAGCCAAUGUCAGCAUACUUCUCCACUGGCAGAGGUGGAAGGGCACCUGCAGGGGGUUUCCGCUGCCUUAAGUGGCGGCCUCACCCUGCCUGAUUCAGAAAGAUGGGUUAGAAAUCAAAUGAAUGAUUAAUAAACAAACAUCUUUUCCUCUCUCUCUCUUUGUCCUUCUCUCUAUUACAUCCUAGGCUAUGAAUGUGGAAUCCAGAAAGUUUCAUGGAAAGAGAAGAGAAGUAAAAAUCAGAAUUAAACAGCUACGCAAAAAGGUGUGUGUUGACAGAUUUUCAGAAGCAUUUUCAGGGCAUUGCCCUUUAGCUUUUCCAUAGCCAUAGAUAACACUGCCCAUUUCAUAGUGGCUUUUAAACAUAGCUUUAAAUCCAUUCUCUGGAGACCCUUAACCUGAAUAGGAACCAUUAUCCCCUAAUGACUGGGAGCUAAUAUGGGCAGAAAAGAUCAAAUGGGUCAUUUUCACAGAGUCAAAACUCAGUUGCAGCUGUAUAUAAAGGGCAUUUAAGAGCAGACCCGCAUCUAAUGUGCCACUUAGGGAGGAAUUUCAAAGCCUGCAUCUUUAUUCUGCAUUUUAUCACAACAUACAAAAAGCGAGCCUUGCAUAUCCUGCAGCAAUAACGUAGGCUGAGCAAUAACUUAGGCUGAGGUUGCCACUCUCCAAAAGUGGAGAGGACACUUUUGGCUGGAGUCAGAUGCUUAUUCCAACUGUCUUGCACUUGGGUUUCCUUCUGCCUUCAUGAGAUUAGAUAACAGUUUUGAUGUGUUCUCUUUAAGGCUGAUUUUAUUACAGUAGGUAACUGGAUGCCACUGUAAAUGUUUCCAUUUGGUUGCUGCUAUGUGCAAGUGUUGAUUACCACUUAGACUGGCAUGCUCAUGUGGAGUUUCUUUAUGCCAGUGUCCUGUGUUCUGCUGCUCUACUUUUUAUUAUUUGAUAUAUUUUAUUAUUACAAUGGUUUCUGUCACUUAUUUUAAUGACUGCAGUUCUCCAGGGUGUUUUAUAGCAGGAAAGUGUGAUGAGAGCAACACUAUCCUUCACUUUUGGUGGUGAUGUGCCUCUGAAUACCAGCUGCUGGGAAGCACAAGUCAGAGAGGGCUGUUGUGUUCAGGCCUGUUUGCAUGCUGGCCUGAUUAUUUAUACUAGUGAACAUAACUAGGACCAUUGUGGAGAAUCUUCACUUGACAGAACCAUUCCAGGAGAUAAGCAAUUCUCACAUGUUAUGGCCUCCAUUAGGGAGCACCACAUCAUGGAGCCAUUUUGCCCUUAGACGUUAGAGAUGGCAGUGGUUGUCUUCAAAAGGGAAUGUUGUCUUCUCAAAAGGGAGUGUAAUGCCCAAUAAUAAGAUCACGGGAGGCAUAUGGGUGAGUGUCCAAGCUGCAAGUAAGAGCAGAGCCAAAUGCCACAUAUUGGAGUCAAUGCAAUGCAAUAAACCCUGGAGAACCUACAGAGGCUGUAAGUCACUGUCAUGGACAUGACUUCCCUCAGUCAAGAUGAGCAGUCUGAGUGGGGGGAUAGUCAGUCAGAAGAGGAAGAAAGAGACUUGCCUCUUUCUCAGCCAACCGAAGGCAGUGGAUUACAGCCCCCCUUCUCAGAAGGAGGAGAGGCUACUUUAUCAGUACAGUGAGAGCAGGCUGGACGGAGGCCAGUUGUCUGAGGAGCAGCCAUUAGUCACCUAACAGGGGAGGGGAAACUCUUUGUCAGAGGAAGAGGUGGGAGAUAACCCUGAGAGUCCCAGGGCUCACAGAAGAACAAUAGUCAAGGAAAGGCAUCAAUCGAAGAAGAAGAGGGGGGCGCUUUCGUGUUUGCUGUUGAAGGCGCAAUUUGAGCUCAGAUGCCUCAGCUUCAUCUUGAUGGAUGGUCACUAGUGUGAGCGGCUCUGAGGUUAAUGGCUGUAUACAAUAAAUUUUCUUGUAAAUACAACUAUUGCGUGCUGAUUAUCUGAGCCGGCAGCCUGCCAGAUCCUGACAGUCACAUAGAUCCCAAAGAAACAAAAAUACGAUCAGCGCAUUUCCUUAUUGAGAUAUUCCAGAACAAUUAGGCAAAGAGGAUGAACUUUUCAGUUAUCCCAUUAACAGUGUACAGUGGUACCUUGGUUUUCAAACAUAAUCUGUUCCAGAAGACGGUUUCAGUUACGCAACGUCCAAAAACUGAAAACUCAAUAUGGAAGCCUCAAUACAGAAAACUCAAUAUGGAAAACUCAAUAUGGAAGCUGUGUGGCGUGUUCAACUUCCAAGGCACAUUCAAAAACUGAAGCAUUUACUUCCAGGUUUUCGGCGUUCAAAAACCGAAAUAUUCGAAAACCAAGGUGUUCAAAAUCGGAGUACCACUGUAUUUGCACCAGUGUAAGUCUACACAGCAGGACCGGCAGCACUUAACAAUGCUGAUCAAGUGUGUGUUUUAUGGGUUCUAGCUGCAGAAUUUGUCUGAUAGCUCUUAGGGUUGCUUUUCCAACACCUGCAUGGAGAAGGAGCAGUGUCUGAAUCAUUCCAAACUUUAAAUGCACUAUGUACCUCCUACAGUUUCAUAAGUAGAUAUAUAUUUGCUGAUAUUAAAACAUGGAGACGCAGACUUCCCAAAUACUUCCCAAAGUGGAACCACUCAAAGGCUGUUUGGCUUUCUCAUCCAUGUCCUCUGUAUGUUUGGACAAGCACGUUGCACCUUCACUUUUUACAAACACAUUUUGAGCCUCCCUCACUAAUACUUUAUCAUUUAAAAAAACAGAUUCAGGAUAUGAUGUUUGAAAAUGCAAUGGUACCAAAAAAUGAGAUGCUGGAGCAAUACGAAUUCAAUCUGGACGUAGAAGAACAAGACAGACAGCAAGUGCAUAGUGAAGCAGAAGUGGCAAGGGUAAGGUGAACUUGUGGGGAAAGAUUGCUGCAGAAGAGAAAGAAACAUUGGGGACAGAGUAAAGAACUAGAACACAGGAACACCAAAUGCUGGCCGAAGCUUUUAAAGUUACCUAAGGCAGGGGUGGGGAACCUUUUCUGGUUGAUGGGCCAGAUCCUUAUCCCCCUACCCUGGGAGAACCAAACUUGGCAGGUGGCCAGCUGUAUCCACUCCACCACCAAUCAGACAAAACCCACAAAAAUCAGCACACAUUCUUAUCUGCAGGCAGUUAUCUUAACAGGACAAACAGACUGACACAGGCAAACAGCACACCCAGCUCUUGCUGGCUAGGAGAUCAGGCCAGGCAGGGAGCAGGGUUCAGGGUGGUGCAAACCAGCCCUUUCCUACUUAGUCCUCCUGUAAGUUUGCUUAGCACAUUCUAAUAUAUAUAUAUGAUUUUCAUGUAACCUAGUGGAAUUUGUAUCCUUCUCAUUUGUUUUUUCUAUUAUAAAAAAAGGUAAAGAAGGAUAUAGAGAUGGAAAAUCUGGCCAACUGCUAUUUACGUGAGAUCAUCAAACAAGAGUGUUGGGAUACCAUGUUGGUUAAAGGGCGUUCAGUUAAGGUAACAUCUAUUGACUUUUUCUUUCAGCUUGGUCCUGUUGUAAUUAAAGUACUGAAGUAAAGUAAUUAACACAGCAAUUCUAUACAUGGCUACUUCAAUUAAGGCCCUUUGCUUUCAAUGAUGCUUACUCCCACAUAAGUGUACAUGCAGGAUACUGUCCCAUGAGCCAGAAGAUCUCGUGGACAAAACUCAAUAAAAUAUUAAUAGUAAAAGAAUGGCAGCAAAAACUAUUGGAAUAUGCAGAAAUGGCGAAACUCACCCAAAGAAUAAGAAAUCAAGAUAACAGAGUCUUUAAUUUAGACUGGAAAUCGUUUAUUGAAUAUUUUAAAAAUUAUUGUGAACAGAUACAAUCAUUAGCAGGAUUAAUGUAAAGACGUGCAGUGAGAUAAAACCAAUUUUGAAUGGGAUAAUUAAUAAUUAGGUGUAAAUUAGGAGAUGCAGUUAAGACAUGAAUUUAAGCAACUGCAGAAAGGGGGCGAGGGAGAUCGAAAUGGGGUAUUGGAAUUUGAUGUAAAAUGGGAAAUGAUAAGUAAAAUUUAUAUAAAAAAGAGAAAUCAGAAUAAACAUAGUAGGAGUUAAAAAAAUAAAUGAAUGAAUAAUAACAAAUUUGAAAACUAUGCUAAUUAGGAGAGAACUAGACUCGGUUCUGAGUCCAAAUGACAUGACAAGCUAUGAUAACUCAGAAGCAAAAGCUGCCAAACUCCUCCUCUCCAUACAUGAAGAGGGGGCUUGCUUUGGCUUGUUCCUGCUCAUUCACAUUGCACUAAAUUGUAGUCUAGCAGGCUGUGCAAACACAGCCAAAAUAUUAGUUGCAUUGUAUCAUAUUGACUUAAAAAUUCAUACGUGGGUUUUUUUUCAGGCCAGAGAUACUAAUCAUAGCUCAGACAGAACUGAUCAAAGGGGAGAUUUUUUUUAAGGAUCUAGAGAACAGGGCAGCCUAGAAAAGCUCCAGGGCCUUGGUGAAAAAUGAAUUACGCAAUCUCUUAGUUUGUCUGGUCAAAUUGUGGGAAGUCUCCCAGUCCCAACAGCCCAUAGUUGUUGAAUGAGAAAGUCCCAGGUUCAAUCCCUACUAUCGCUAGGUGGGGCUAGGGAAGUAUCCUGACAAACCUGGAGAGAUGCUGCCAGAGUAUUCAACACUGAUAGGGGGACCAAUGGUCUGACUCAAUAAGAUAACUUCCCAUCUUCCUGUGUAAGGCUUCUCCAUAUUAGCAGGUUAUGACUUUGAAAUCUUCAUUUUGUUACAAUUGGCAGGAGCUGGCGUUUGGAUUGUUGGUGUAAAUUUUCAAAUGAAUGGACAGAGCUUGCACAUGUCAGUGUUAAAAAUUUUCUUGAAGUAGCAUGAAAGAACCUCACCCACAGAAUCUUUAUUUCCCCCUUCUCCACCCAAAAGGCCUUCCACUCAUCCUGCGAAGUUCAGAAUUACCCAAUGAAAGAACAGAGUCCGGAAGAACAGUACAUGUUGGAGAGAGUUUGUUAUUUAAAGAAGAUUGAAUCAAUAGAUCUAAAGGUAGAAUCUCUUUACCGCCACCAAAAAUAAAUCCCCAUCCACAUGUUCAGAUUAUAUAAUAACCCUAAUGUUCAAGGCCAUCCUCUUAGAGGUUUCCCAUGCUGAAUGAAGUGAUAUUGUUCAUUAUAAACCUUACACCUCAUAAUUUAGAAUUUUGCUCUUAGAAAUACUCCCUCAUUAGCUCUAUAUCCUUAACUAUGAAUUUAAAACAAUUGCAUCUACUAUGUGUCUGAGCAAUACAGACAGAAAACUCCUAUGAACAGUACAUAUGAAACAUAGCAAUUCAUGUUAAAAUACAGUACUCGAUCCCCUUGGAAACAUAUAACAUGGAGCACAGAAGUCAGUAUUCCCAUGAGCUGAUGUACUUACCAGUUCUUCCUGGUAGUUGCCCUGAGAUUACUGCUGCCCUGACUAUUAAAUAAACUACUUUUGUCAGAGUUUAGCUCCUUGAAUUCCUGCCUUUUUCAUCUGAGAGGUUUCCAUUAAACUUUUAGGGCCAAAACAGAUUUCAUGUUACUCAUUAAUUGCACGAGUAGCAUCUGUGGUGGGGGCCACUUUGGAUCAAAACAGUGGGAUGGAAGAGAGUAGGACCAUGGUCCUGAUCAGAAUCCCUCCAUCCAUCCACCGCUCCCCUGGCAGCUCCUUUGUGCAUGAGAGCUUUCCUCCAAAUUAAAUAUCAGUUGGGGCUGAGGGUAUGCAGGUCAGAACUGUGGAACUGGGGCCAAAAGGUUAAAAUAAAUCUCCCCCAUCCUAUAGCCCUAAUUCAGAUCAGGGCCCCCUGCAGCUCCCAUUUACUUUCUGAAAAUUUGUGCAAAGAGUUGUUGAAUGAGAAAUGUCAUUUCUGUUUGAGGCCAAAGGCGUAACGUAUACUGUUAUUAAGGAUUCACUGUUCAUCUCCAGAAUUCCUCUUCAUUAUGCCCUUCCUGUAUUUCUGCUUUUCCCAUCCCCAAACACGAAGAACUCUAAAUUAGACAACUGAGGCUAGUAGCAAACACCUGUAAUCUGAGGCAUGCAUCUAAUGAAGUAAGCUUGUCAAAUACUCCUGAGCUAUGUAAACUAAUCAAAUUUCCACAAACAUUGUUUCUUUAUUCUAUUAUUGGCAUCUUUUCUUUUUCCAUGAGACUCAAGAGAGGCUCCAGGGAAUCCCCCAUCCAAGCACUGACCAGACCCAGACAUGCUUUGCUUCAAAAUGUUUGCUUGCCAUGUGCCUUCAGGCGAUGCCCUGUUCAUUUUGUUUUCAGGCGCUCACCUUGCAUAUAUGUAUAUUUUAAUCUGAAAAACUGGAAUUGUUUCAUGCCAAAUUCUCGGAUAUGUGUUUUGUAGGAUCCAUAUGAUUUUGGCACCAUGUGUUCAAUUGUUCUAAGCUGCUGUGUUGUUUUAUACAUAUCUAGCUUCGAAGGCAAAUCGUUGAAUUUGAAUCUCAACCUUCAGUCAUUGAAGGGGAAAAGACAGAGGAAGGGGAGAAGCAGGAAGAAGAAAAAGUAGAUGCUCUGGUGGGGAGCCUGAGUUCACUUUAUGGUGGAAAUACAUCAACUUUAUACCACCAGCUAGAAGUGCACACUCGAGAGGAGAAGAUUAAUCAAAUUCUAUUGCUACGGGUAACUUUUGCAUAGGUGUUUGCUUAUUAUUUCAUUAACUAUAUCUAGUCAAAACUGCUCUUCAGUGUCCUCUGAUGGGAUAGGGGUUUUUGCUGCAAAACUGUUCAUACUAUCUUAUUUCUUUGGAAUUUUGAUCCUUCAUUUACUUCCUUUUUAUACUCUCUUUUUUUAUAAAAGGGAAUGACAGAAUGCAGGCCACAUAAGCAACAAAUGUGGCUGCCCCAUUAUCACAAAUUUUGCUUGGAACCUGUUAAUUGCUCGGAACAUGCUAGAAUCCAAAUGAUCAGUUAAUAAUAUUGAUUAAGGAGAGUCCAUCUUUGAUACAAGGACUGAAGAAGAUUGUCUUCUAGCUAUGUAGUUCUAGGAUUCUAUUCAAAGGAUAGUAUAGUAUCCUUUGAAAGUCAGUAAAUAUGAAAUCCCUUGUCAGCUUAAAGUUAUGUGGCAUUUGAAUGUGCUCUAUCUAUCUAUCUAUCCAAUAACCCAUCUUUUCUCCAGGGAGCUCAAGGUGCAUACAUGGUUCUCCUCCUCCCCAUAAUUAAUCCCCACAUCAACCCUUUGCAGUAGGAUAGGCUGAGAGGCAGUGACUGGCCCAAGGUCACCCAGUGAGCUUCAUGGCCGAGUGGAGUGAAGGCUCCUGCCUGAUAUUUACAGGCAGGGAGUUCCAACGUGUAGGGGCUGCCUCACUAAAAGAUUGAUUUCUUACAAGUGUACAACAAAUAUUAUGUGGCACCUGUAACAGUGCUAGUUCCAUAGACUGAAGCGGUUGAGUGGGCAUGCUGUUAGGAAAUAAUUUUAUUACCACAUUUGUUCCAGAGUAUAAAACAAAGCUGACCUUAUUUGUUGAAACAACUUCUGUUGGAAUUGUGCAAGAUUUUGAACAUCACAAAGCUCUUCUUUAAGCAGAAUGAGAAAACUGAAACGAUGCUUUUGAGUGUGUAUUACAGUGGUACCUCUGGUUACAAACACUUCUGGUUACGAACGCUUCAGGUUCUGAGCUCCGCUAACCCAGAUGUAGCUGCUCCCGGAAGUAGCUGUCAUUGUGGGGACUAGUCUACGGGUUUCAUUAUGUGGUUUAGAAUUUUACCACAUACCUUUUGCAGUAUUGCUGCCAUCUUCUUACCUGUUAUUUCAGAACAUCAUUUACAAUGUGAAGAGUCAUUUCAAUAAGGAGUUUGAUGCAGUCAUCCGAAUGAAAGACCUAGAAAUUGCACGAGUUCAAGAAAGAAACGUUAGAAUUGCAGAGAUCCUGAUGCAGCUGGAGCUCCAAGAAGAAAUUUGGGUGCCAGUUCUUUCGGAGAAAGAGAAGCCAGAUCAAGCACUGAUCAUUCUGGACUCAGAGGUCGAGUAUAUAAAAUUCAGAUCUUUCUUGCCUUGAACACUAAAAGUGCACGAGUAACCUGAGGAGCUGCAUCCCUUCAAAGAGGAUUGAACACAUCUGGUGACAUUUAUCAUGGCAUAUACUUCGGCCCUAGUAUUCCCAGGCAGGCAGAUGGGGUUACUUGCUUGAGUGCAGGGGUGAGGAACAGGGUCCAGAUGCAAGCUGGAUCCUGAGCUUCCCCAGCAGGCUGCUUGGACAGAUGGGUGGGGCUACCCAAUUGGCAACUCAGUGUGUAGUCAAUCCCAACAGGGCUUGAGGUUCUGUUUCAACAUUGUGACCUUGAAGAUGUACCCCUUACUGUAGAAUGUGGAUAUUUUAGGGAAUAGACUCUACAAGGCCAUGAGAGAGUCCAGUAUUGUUGUCAAGCAGGGAUGCUAAGAAAAUGACUGGUAUUUAGCAGGUAGGGCAGGGACUGUGAAUUCUCAGACAGCCUACUUGCUGAAAAAGCUGAAUCUGAACAUUUUGUCUUCACAGAUCAAAGUGGAAAAGUACUUGACCCCAUUGCAGAAAGCAAAAGAAAAAAUUAUGUCUAGAGUUCACUAUAAACGACGUCUUGCUGCUCAGGUAGUUAGGUGACAACAGGGCUUUAUUUUCUACACUUUUCACUUCUCUCAUCUCAUGUUCCAUUUCUACAUUGUUACGUCUUUCUUUGUUUUCGCUUUCAGGAGGACAAUGCAAGAGAGCGUGGCCUUAUGGACAUGAUGAAUGGAGUCCUUGAAAUAAAAAAGGAAGAUAUUUUAAAGAUGGUGAGUCCUGUUUUUAUCAACUCGUAGCUAAAGCAAGACUUCACAUGACAACAAAUAAAUAUAGCAUUAAUCUCAUAAAGAGAGACCUCAAACACUUGUUCUAGGAAACUGAUAUCAUUCAGCCCUGAAGCUAAGCAGUGCUUAGAUAGGUGGCCACCAUGGAACUGAACGUAUAUCAUGCUGCCUUGGGUUCUAUGACUGAAAAAGGUGGGACGUAAUUGUAAGAAAGUAAACAAUAAAAAUAGAUUGGAGAGGUAGUGACGACUCUAUGGCUGGGCUUCCCCCCGUGGCAUGAUAGUGGAUUAACUCCACUCAAUAUGCCCCAAGAACUCUCCACCCUUGUCUUUUGUAAUGAAAUAUCACUUGUGUCCAGACUCAGACUCUGUGUGGGGGGAAAAGCCCCUUUCACUUCAGGUAGCACCAAUAAGGCAAGUUUUUCCUAUAACUGGAUGCACAAGGCAUCCCCAGUUGUCUUUCCCCCAAGUAAUCAAAGUGUACCAAAGGGCAGAACAAUAACCUCCGUGGCCUGCAACUAACAAUAGAUCAAAGACCCCAAUUUUACUUUCCCAUACUUAUACAGGAAAACAGAUAUGUUGGUGUAACAUGUGAACUAGGACAUGGGUAGGCUUGAUAACAAUGAAAAUGACUUUGAAGAGGCAAAAUGCUUCCACUUUUGAUCACAAACCAACCAAAAUUCCCUGUGACACCUGAACCUGGGAAACUGUGGUUCAUUUAAAGUAUGGUGAGAACGAACCAAGAUCCAAGUGAGGUUUCAAAACCUUGGUUUCCCCCCUCAAAUUCUAGUAUAAUCUAACCACAGGUCCCCGAGUUCACACCCGUGAGAGAGUGUUGUUAGUUUAAAAUUAAAAGAAGCAGGUUUCAGUCUCCUUGAGGGUGUGGUAUAGUGGAGAGGAACUGUACAAACCUCAGGCCUACACAACAGCAGUUCAUUGAUUAUUUCCAUCAUGAUAUUGAGUGUCACCAGAAAGUAACAUUCUGAAAUUCAAGGUAUAAAUCCUUUAAGCAUUAUAAUGUUAGUAAAUAUCCAGUGCUGUUUUUGAAUCUCUCUUUUAUAUAUUCAGGAGAUUCCGGCACCUGCUUUUACAGUAAAAGAAGAAGCACUGUGGAAUGAAGAUGAGAGAAAAAUAUAUAAAGAAUAUGAGAAGAAAGUUAAGGAACUGAAUGAAGAGAGAGAGAAACACAGAAAGGUAAACAGAAAUAAGAUGAAGAGGAGGAUUAUCAAGGUUCUCAGCCUUUAAAAAGUAUUUCUACCUGCUUUAAGUAAAUCCAAAUCUAGUAUGAUUAGUUUGAAAGUUUAUUUGAUGAGGCAAAAUGAAAAUGUAAACCAUAACUAGCUUUCCAAGAAUUGGGUAUUGUCAUGUUGUUAAAAACUAUCUUAUCAGGUUUUUUUACUCAAAUUGUAAUUGAACAGAGUGAAUAAUUAGCUAUAAGCACAAUAGUAUUAGAUGAGCAAGAAAAAUAACAAUCUUUGCCCUGCAUUUUUAGAUUGAGAAAACCAAGUUGCUAUUCAUGGCCUGUUUUCACAACUGGACAAUUCACAUUAAAAUUAACUCGCUGGAAGUGAACAAGUCUUACUGUAGUGAAGUUCUCAGUCAGCUGGGAUGACCAAGAAACCUCGUAUUGCUUGACUUAAAUGUUUCAAAGGAACAAUUAAUGUUGUGAAAUAGGCCUAGAACGAAAGAAAAUUGCAAACAAAAUAUACGGCAUGGGAUAUCUUUAGGUUAUUGGUAACCUGGCCAGAGAAUACAUUAAUCACAUCAGAAAUGGGCAUAUUUAAGCCAAACUGUGGCUGCUGAGAACACCAGCCUUUGAAAACUGGAGACAGUUGUCAGCUGGACCCACUGGCUGCCUUUCUCCAUCAAUCUGGGUUUUUUUCCUGGUUAUCACCUCUUUAUUGAUUCAUUAUUUUUGUUUAUUCCCCACCCAGUGCUAAUUACCUGCUUAAUGACUAAUAAGAUAAGAGAGGAUGCCAUGUGUCCUGAGUGUUUCAAACCUGAUUAUUGCUGAGCUUGUUCUUACAAACAUGAACAUCUAGAAUUUUACAUGCUUUAAAAACAAAGUAUCAGAUUUUAAAAGAAGCACAAACAAAAUUUUCAUUGAGCUGCAAUCUUACAUGUAAUCUAUAUUCAAACAUCACCUUUACCCCCCUUCCACCCCUUAGAUUCUGGACACUGAAUUGAGGAAACUUCAAAGUUCUAUUCAGGAAACUACACAAUCCUUUGAUGAAAUUGUGACAAGGCUCUUUGAGAAAAAAGUCAACUCAGAAAUGGUUAUAUACCAGGUGAGCGUCUGCAUGUAUUCACCAGUGCUACUUCCUUACAAACUACAGUCUGACUGUUCCUUUUUGAAACCUUUCCCCAGGAAGAACUCAAAAUAACUAACCUCCUUUACUCACUACUUUUGGAUGAAGAGCUGAGCACAAGAGAAGCUGGGCUCCAUCACUACCUUAAUAAAAAAAGGAAGGAAAAGGUAAAAAUAAUUUUUGGAAUUUGACAAAGUACCUGCUUCUUAAUGGAAUCUGUCCAACACUCUACAGUAAUUCUCUCUAAAAUCUCUCCUCUUACUGAAUAAGCCACCAAAUAGCUACCCCGGUACAUAAAAGGUAAGGUAAAAGGCCCCUGGACGGUUAAGUCUAGUCAAAGGCGACUGUGGGGCUGCAGCGCUCAUCUCGCUUCAGGCCAAGGGAGCCGGCGCUUGUCCACAGACAGCUUUCCAGGCCAUGUGGCCAGCAUGACUAAACCACAAUGUAACACCAUGACGGAAGCCAGAGUGCACGGAAACGCUGUUUACCUUCCUGCCACAGCGGUAUCUGUUUAUCUACUUGCACUGGUGUGCUUUUGAACUACUAGGUUGGCAGAAGCUGGGACAGAGCAACAUCAGCUCACCCUGUUGCGCUGAUUUGAACCGCUGACCACCUGAUCAGCAAGCGCAAGAGGCUCAGUGUUUUAGACCACAGCGCCACCCGUGUCCCUUUUUUACCCCUGGUGCUGUGCAUGUUAUGCCCGCCUGCUAUUUGUUGAUGGCAAUUUAGUAUCUGUGUGAGAAUAUCUUGAGUUUCAAGGACAAGGGGCUAAUUUUUCUGGGAUCGGUUGUAUGUACAUUAUUGCUCACUUAACUUUUUCUGUUCCAAAAGUAGUCAAUCAUAUCUACUUUUUUUGGUGUAGGUAAUAUCUAAUGAAGCAGUUAAGACAUCCAGAGCAGAAGUGGACGCCCACAGAGAAGCCUAUGACAUCUUAGUUGUUGAAGACAAAGUAAGAACCUUAAAACCAGAUCUCCAAACUGUUCAGCUGAAGCUGUAGGAUUAAAACUCACAAACUCUAUUGAGAUUACUUGGACUAAACUAAUUUUAGAUUCAAGUAAUCCAACUCAAUUAAGUUGUCGAUCACAUGUAGAUGUUCCAUUCCUAUGCAGAAAUGGUCUGUUUUAUAAGCAGUACUAGUGUUUUGAUACUAAACUGCCAUUGUAGUAUUUUGUGAGUAAAUGGAAAUAAAUAUGCCUAGAUAUUUGUGAAAAAAUUCAUGAGCUAAGACCUAAAUAGCUAGAGAUUGCAUGGAAUUGACUGGUUUUCACUUGGUAUUUCUUCUUAUUCUCUCCACCAUUCUUUCCAUAAGACUCUGUUUAUUUAUAAAGCACCACCAGUGUAUUUGACAUUCUAAAAUGUGUAAGAGGACAGCUCCCUAUUGGUUUUUUUAAUUACGCUUGCUGUUAUAAAAAUGAAAUGUGAGGGCAAUGUUGGCCUGAGAUAUAUGAAAUAAAGUGUUAAAAUUAUGCCUCUUCCCUACACUUUAACUGACUUAUAAAGCUGGAGGUUGAUUUGGGCACUGCUUCAGACUGAUAGUAAGGUAAAGGUGAACAGUUAGCCUUGCUUUAUGCCAGCCAGCACCUGGGCCUCAGGUUCCCCACAUCUUGUUUAUAGCAUAUUGCAAAGCUGCCUUGGUGAAUGUCUACAUUCUAUUAAUAACACUAUAUAUUCUACUAAAAAGUCAGCUUCUAUACUCUGCAGCUCUAUCUAUGCAGGUUCUCAACUCCUUCAGUGUUUUCUAUAGAUCUUUCUAAUGCAGGAUGGUGCACUGUUAAACUCAGUCCAGACUGACAAGGCUGUGCUUUCCUUUUCACUGUUAGCUCAUGGAACGUGGGUUUAGAAAGGAAUUUUCAGAUCUUCCCACUCAUCAUAUUGAUCAGCUAUUCAAACUUUACAAACGUCGACCAAGGUAAGCUUUCGUGUUGAUCCUAACUUUUUCCUGGAGCUCAUUGUUUUUGUGUUACAGUACAAAGGAAAAUACUUUUCCAUGGGUGGCAGUGUUUUAUUAGAAACAGUAUAAAUUGCUUUCAAAACCGGCAAAUAGAACAGGAUAGUAAUGAUGCCAGAACCAUUAUUAUAAACGAUCAGCUUACAUUGUUCAUCUUGGCAAACAAAUAGUUCUUGCCUGAACUGGCACCUUUUUCCUUAUUAAACUCAGUUCCAUGCGGUUUUUCCCACAUUAUAGCUUGCUCAACUAGUAAGACUCAGAUUGAGAAUUUGUGUAGCUCAGCAGUGGCUAACCUGUCACUCUCUAAUGUUUUUGGGCUUCAACUCUUUCCAGUCUGUGGACAGCAUGGACAGCAGUUAGGGAUUACCACUCCAGCAACUUGUUUUCAGUGGCAUAUAUUGUGGUUUUGAAUAACUCUAAGGACCUCCUUGACUUUUCCUUUCCUUUUAUCAGUCUCCUCAUUUUGGGGAAGUUUCCUUUUUUGAAGUCAAAAUGUGACUUUAUGUAUUGGACUUUCUUGGCCAUUGUCCACUUUCAUCUAUGUUAAAUAUGAUAGGACCAUGGGCACUGUUCCCAGUUAGUUCAACACAUACACUUUACUUCAAGUCACUAAGCCUCAAGCUGUGAAGGUGAGCAGUCCAUACUGCCAUCCCAUUGCUCCAUGGAAAGGAAUGUAGGCUCUACUGCUGGUCAAUAUGUGGAACUGUAAAAGUAAGCAAGUAAACAAGAAGGUAGCCAGUAAUACCUACAAACUUCGCAAAAGAAUUACAGCUAGAAACAAAGUGAUCUUAAUGACAAGCAUCCUUAUUCUGAAUGCAUAAGCAACCUGUAGCAGAAUCCUUAUUUGUCUGCUCUGUUCCAUGGCGGAAGAGCUCUCAGGGCGAAGGUUCCAGCGGAUUCUGCUAACCCAUAUGGUGAACGGCCAGGCUCUGCAGAGGCUUUAAAGGCUGCUCUUGCCCAUUUAAUGAAGGGCAUUGACGAAAUGGAUGAACCUGAAAACAAACCUGAGGGUCUUGACCUUCCCAACUGGGAACGUUUCUGUGAAGCUCGGCGAGCCAAGGUGGAAAGUGAACAGAUGGUAGGGAAAGUUAUUUGUACUGUGCUUUGAAAAAUAUUUUCAUAGUUGAACAACAUUCUGGUAAUCUGAUCUGAACUGAAUGUUAUACCAGGGGUCAGAGUUCCACAAUGCUCACCUGGUAGGAAAUGUAUGGAGAGGCUCUAAUGAUCCCACAAGGCAAAAAGCUCCCUUUUUAUUCCUUUCUAGGCUUUCUAUGCAUAGAAUACAUGCGCCAAGUCAUCAGCAUCACAACAUCCUAAACACUCCAAUAACAGGGUGAAUAACAGUGGUUUAGUAUGCUAUGCUCUCAAGCUACAUUUACAAACACACACCACUUUUAGCCCACAGGCUCCCAAAGUAGUGAGCAGCAUCACAGUACAACAAAGGAUACAAGCACAAGAUAAGGGGAUGAUAAAAGAAAGCCUUCCCAAGCUAAUGAGCACUCUCAGCAAUCCUACAUCCCACACACUAGAAACCUGCACAGACUACAAAAGAUACUAAACAUGUUAGAGGAAUUAAGUGAAAGCAUCCCGAAGUAUUAAGUUUAAACCAUCAAAAGGGUACAAGAUGCUUGCAGUUCUGCUAAAGAAAUUGGAUCAUAAAUUCUGACACUUGGCAAAGAAAAGGUUGAGUGGUAAUGUGAACAUGUUCUGCCACCCUGUUUGCUUAGGUGAAGCAAAAAGCACUGAUACUUGCAGAAAUGCAGACUUUCCUUCAGAAGAGGACUGAAGAUGAUGAGAGGCUACGGAAUGACAUUGAGCAAGUUUUUGCUGAGCUCAAUCUGUAAGCUUGCUUUUUCCUUUUAUGUUUACUGACAUUGUGGCAUUACAGCCUUAACAAAGGAAAGCUACACUGCAGUCAAUUCUACUGACUCCUAUUGCUUAGCUUGCUUUAAAAAAUAUUCUAUGCUAAGGCUAACUAUGUAACUAAUGCCCCACCUAGUUUGGUCCUUGGAAGGGUUAAUACUCAUUUUUAGCUACUAAGGUUCAUAAGGUGCUGUUACGAUUAAUUCCUCCUUUAAAUUCAUUAUCAGGCCCAGACUAACCAGUACGCUGAGUGCUUAGACUGCAAUCUUACACCCAUCUUGGAGUAAACACAGUUAUUUCUGAGUAGACAUGUACAGGAAUAUACAGUAUUUUUCGCUCUAUAACACGCACCCGACCAUAACACGCACGUAGUUUUUAGAGGAGGAAAAUCCGUAGGCAUGCCACCUGUAGGCAUUCCCUCCAUAACACGCACAGACAUUUCCCCUUACUUUUUAGGAGGAAAAAAGUGAGUGUUAUGGUGCAAAAAAUACGGUACAUUUGGAAUAUUGCUGGGAGUAUUCCAAAUACAUUAGCUAUAGUGUGAUUUAGAACCAAAUAUACCAGUUACUGAAAAAGUUUCUUUCCUUUGCAAUUGUAGGCUUCGAGAGCAGAAGAUGACAUUUCAGCUAGAUCUGAUGGUCCAGUUUCUUUUUAAGCAAGGACAAGUAGAACUAGAGGGUACCAAUUUAAUACCAGAUUACAGAGAUGCUAUUCUUAUCAGCAGGACCAUAAUUGAAGAGCUGAACAGCGUAAUCCGGGUAAUUGGUCUUGUUUCAAAACUGAGUCUGUACAGAUUUGCACUGAAAUUCUAAAUGGUGUAUGCUGCACCCAUGUAGUGUAAAUGAUCUCUGUGCUUUUCCCAUCUUGUAGCCAUUAAUAGGGUAAGCCUUAAUAGUGGGCGAGUGACUCAAAAGCCAACACAUUUAAUAAAUGCACAAAAAGGACCCUUCAUUGGAAUGUGGCUGCAGUUUGUUUUCUCUCAUUACAGCUGGGAUUUUAGAAUUCCAGUCGAUAAGUUCUUUCAGAAGUAAAUAAUAAAGCUGUAUAUGGAGUUAAUUUCUCUCCUACCCUGUACCCCCAGGCUCAAGGAGAAAGGAAAGUUGCCAGCAUGGUGGAAAGCAAAGAUUUCCGUAAAGGGAUAUUUCAGCUGGAAUGGGAACAUAAAAAAAUGCGGAUGCAAGUGGAUGAUCUGAACCAAAAGGCUCGAGAUAUUCAAAAGCUGAAUGUUACCAAACAUCAUCAGAUUGUAAGUUACCGCUCCACUGAUUUUACUAUAAAUUGAACCAACUGUAUGUUUCAGAAAAGUGAUUUUUAUUCAGUUGUUUAUCAUCUUUCAUUAAUUGGUGCAUCUAAGAGUUCCACUCUAUAUGAAGUAUGGUGUUACUCCAGUGACAUCUUACCCCAGAAAUGGUGUUUGUGACUGGCAUUUUGUGCAUGUUCAUUAUUACUUCAUAACUUUAGUAUUGGCAUGCUACCUAAGUAAGAACUACUUUGUGUACUGCCCAAAUCUUUUGGUUUCUCAUACAAAGUCCUAACACACUAUUGAAGAAUACUUACACAAAGAGAUUCAGUUUGCAUUGGGCAGCAAGGUUUAAUGUCUGGAGCAUCAACUCUGUUAGCUUGAUUUCUCUCUGCUUUUAAUCCCAGUUCUUAAAUGCAUUAAACUAUGACAGCCGAGUGAAUCAUGAAGUCUCAAUAAUGGAAGGAACGCUCAAUUUUCUAGAUAAGGUAAGCUCCCUUUAGAAAUAUGUGUAUGGAGUGUGUGCCUAUUUGACACACCCACCUUUAGCUCAAAAGUAUACAACCACCCUCCUUAGUUUUGGCACUAUUUCCUUCUGGGUUUUGGCUAAUGCCAUUAUUAAAUAAAUCUAAUUUGCUUCCUUCUCUAUUCUCUUCUUCAGUGUACAAUCACUACCACCAUCCAAAAAAUCUGCCCUGUCUCCUAUGACUACGUGCAGAGCUAGGCAUAUGUUGUCCAAUUGUAAAAAGAUUUUCUCAUGCUUUCUUCUCCCACUGCUGUAUACACCUACACAGCUUUCUAGCUUCCAGUUUGUGUGGUAUCACUUUGUGUUACACCAGUAUUUUUUAUUAAUAAAUAUAAACAAUUUCAUCAAGAUUUCAGAACAGCUUACAACAAUUAUAUAUACAAUAAAACUUGUGUUUACACAGUUUUCUUCAUCCCCAAACUAUUAAAGAGCUGCAAACAUUUCAACACUUCCAUGGUAGCUAGCCCCACUGGCCCCAGUAAGAUUUGCUUCAGUAAGGGCAUAUAGGAUAGGAUGAAUCAUCUUCAGUACUGAACAUACAUAUUUCAAAGUUAAGUGUUAAAAUGAGUGGGACUUAACAAGUUUUUACACAAACACUUUAGAAUCCUGAUCUUCCAGUUCUAAAUGUUUUCACCCGCUUCCUCACCAUCUUUUUAUAUUCCUGCUUUUCAUGUAGAACUUUAAUUUUUGUUAGUUUCAUGCUAUCAAUAUUGGAUGUGUGUUUUAAUGAUAGUAUUAUUGUUGCUGUUUUAUGCAAUAUAUGAAUGCAAUUUACUUUGAGCUCUUAUGUUAGCCACUUUGCCUGCAGCAGGGAAAGCUUGCAAAAAAUGUGUGCUAAAUACCCAAAUCUAUUUUACCAAGGAAAUAAAACUUGUUUUAGCAACUUUUCACUUAACAGUUCUCAAGCAACUUCUAUGUUUGCUUAUUUUUAAAUGACCAGGUUCACAAGAAAAAUGUACAACAAUGUGAGACUGUCAUGAAAGAGCUGGAGAAGCAAAUUAGUGUGAAAGAUGUAGCAAACCGAAAACUUAGCAAGGAAUUACAAGAAAUGCUUGUAAUUGUGUCAGAAAGGCGGCACAUUAAUGAGGCUACUGGUGAGUCACAUUUGAAGGAUUACCAGGUUAUUUGACGUCCUCUAACACAAAGUUUAAUCCACUGUUCAUAUCAUUUUUCUCUCUCCUGAACUUCAUCCUACAACACUCAUACAAGUGUAUAUGUUAUUAAAAGCAUACAAAUCACUCAUACAAGUGUAUAUGUUAUUAAAAGCAUACAAAUCAAUCAUAGAAUGGUGGAAAAGUAACAUGUGAAUCAGGAGUGUGAGACAAGAUCUUAAAGGCAUCACUAAUUGCUAUGACACUGAUAAACUGUGCCCCAUUUUUUCCCAAGAUUAUUUUGGGUUAUUUCUAUGAUGGGGGUAAUAGAUUACACUACUCAAUACAGCCAACUCUUGAUAUUCAUCAAGAUGCCAAGGAAAUAAGUGUUUUAUCAAAUGCAAAACUGGAGCUAGUUCAUGUUGCCAUCAGCAGAAUAAGAACUGUUUCAAUGUUGUUCCCACAAUGCUCCCCUUUAAACAUAUGAAGAAAGCAAAUCAUAUGGAUCAGUUUGUCAAUCUGUUACACAUUCUAUAUGACCAGACACAUUCUAUUUUAUUUAUUUUUCUACAGACUCGGAGCUGCUUAAUCAAAGGGUUUCUAAAGAGCAUUACGAGGACAUUGUGCAGAGACAGCAGCUUGUGGAUCUUGCAAAAGCACAGGCACAGGAGUUGUCAGUCCUUCAAGCUGAAGUGGAGAGACUGAGAAUGAGAACAUUCCCAGCUUUCUUUGAUGUGCAAGAGUUUUAGCAAGGUGAUUCGUCCGCACCUAGAAGCAAUAAAUUUCUCUUGUGUUAAAUAAAAAAGUGGGUUUUUCCUAAGCACAUUUAAGAUAGCUUUAGAUAUUACAUUGCAACUCGUUUUGAUUCUCAAAAGACAUAUUAUUCACUAUGUAUUUUACAAUGGAAUAAAAAAAGAAAAGAAAUACCUAUAUUAUAUUGUGCUUGUUGUGUGGUGGUGAAACCUUUGAGGCUUGCCGGGAUUCAAAGACAGUUGUCUAAAGCACAAUACAGGCAGUGGGCCAAAUGUUGUGCAGUGGGGAUAUGAACUUUAAAGAAGUGUGUUAAAGAAAGUAGGACUGAGUGAAAACUUCAGCUAAGAUGCAGGAAAAGCAGACUGCACCACCUGUAGAAAGGAAAGUGGAUUGGCAAAACAGGGCUACUGGACUUUUAAAAUUGCAGCAGUGUAAGUGUGGCAGUUGUCUUCUAUUCUAACAGCAGCUUUAAGACCUAAAGGGGCAUUGAGAAUCAAGGAUAAUGGGAUGGGGGCUGAGUUUCACAUACUGAUUGAACUAAUCGGGUACUUUUUGCAGCAGUCUUUUAAUAUUUAAAAGAUUCAAGGAUUCACAACAGUCCAGCAAUGCAGCUCAAAAGCCAAAUUUAAACUUUGAAAAUAUUUAUCUUCUGAUGUGUUAAGAAUGAAAUAGAAACACCCGUAUCAUGCAUCUGUAAAGUCUUCUUCUGUUCUAAUGUAAUGUAACAGUUUAUCAUCUAAUCCAAAAUUGUCUAUCAAUUGAGUGAGACUUAAUUUCCUGUUAUCUGUAGACAAGGAUGACUGUAGCUCAUAUAGCAUUGCUUGGGAACUGCACCGCCAUUUUGAUAUUAGAGACCGCAACUCUGUUGGGUUAUUCUGCAAGAGGAAGACAAAAAAGCUGAAGUUGUUUGGUAAUAUCCCAGUACUGAUUUAACAAACAAGCAUACAUCACAUUUGACAAGUUCUCUCCCUUUUCUAAAUCUGCAAUAUUUGAAAACUUAAGUGCUAGACCUCUCAACAAUUCUUUAAAAAAAAAAAAAGUUAAAAGAUUCUAGUGGAAAAUUUACCUAAAAGAAUGGCAUUUUAAAAUUAUGUUUUAUCAAUCUUUGGUAUCCAGUUACUUUCCAUAUCAGACGUUAGCCUCAUUUUGCAGCAUUUGCUUGAAGAACUACUUCCUAUUUACACAGAACCAUCAAUGUACAUAGAGAGCUUCACUUGUUCCAUCAGCACAAGUACUUUUCACUGUGUAACUGAACCUCCCUUCCCAUGCCCCUAAAUCUCUUCUGGGUUCUCCCCCAACCCACUGGAGCAGAUCUGGGGAAGGUACUUGAGGGUAGAGAAAGGGCGGGGGGAAUUCUAUUGCACAGAAGGAAAUCCUUGGGCUAGCAGAAAAAAUGCUAUGGAUACUGUGCAGAACUGAAUCACUAAAGGCAACUGACUUAAGUGUCCAUUGAUUUCAAUGAGUCUACUCCAAGUAUGAUUAACAUUAAAUUAUCACCUUCAUAAUUUUACAGAGCUAAAAUGAGAUAUAAUUUUUAUUCAGGAUAAGUCACAAAGGAAAAAAGACAGCGGGAGAGACACAAGGACUUGCACAUAAACAAGACUUGCACAUAAGUGCAUUUUUUUGGUGUCAGCAUCCUGUGUCUACAAUAAGUCAUUUCUAUGGUUGACGAUGGCUACACUGCAAAAUGCCAGAUGGGAGCAGCAUUUGGGUUAAUGUAGUACUUCGCUUAAUUGCAGUGCUAGAAUUAAAAGAGAACUAAGGAAAUAUUGGAACACACAUUUCGUUGCAGUACUUGCUUAUUUCUAAAAGCUCUCAAUAGGGCUAAAACAAAAUGAACAUUUUCAAUUAAAUACAUUUUCAAGAACAUUUUAUCGUCUCACCUUUGAUCUGUACAUUUUGACGAGUUUAAGUCUUCGAAGAAAUUCCUCCUUUUCCUGAAUCUUCUUUGCUAACGUUCUCUUUUCAUCCAAUAGUUCCCGUUGCCUGCAAUUUGUUUCUGACUGAACUUCUGGAGAGCUUUGUAUAGCUUCACUACAUCCAGUAUAUUUCAAUACACAGAGCUCUCUCUCUUGCAAAGCACUUUUCAAACACAUGGUGGCAUCAGGAACUUUUUCUAAAUGUUCACCCUCAUUUUGUGACUUAGAACAUGUCUCUCCUUUAGAUAAAGCCCUUCCUUCACAAGGACUGCCGUUGUUUUCAUCAUCUAUUUUAAGACGCUUUGAAACCGUGAAAGCUGAAUGAAAGGACCGUCUUGCUUUCUUCAAUCGUUCUCUUAGAGUUGCACUCAUUGGCUAAAGUGAAUGUAAUAUGGGAGUAGUAAGAACGAAGUUUUUUUUUGUUAAUAACAAUGGUAUAUGGAAACAAAAAACAAGCUACCUGCAUGAACUGAUUUUUGUUUUGUUUUAUAUAUGCAUGCAUAUACACAUAACAGGCAAAAACAACAACACCCUAAUGUUAUCUAUUAUACCAAGCUUCCUCAAACUACCCUCCAGUUGUUUUGAGACUACAAUUCCCAUCAUCCCUGACCACUGGUCCUGCUAGCUAGGGAUUAUGGGAGUUGUAGGCCAAAAAAACAUCUGGCGAACAGAGUUUGAGGAAGCCUGCAUUAUACAUAUCUUUCUUUCUUUAAGCUUGGGGUCAAAUUUUGUACCAAGAUUUCUUUCUGAUUUGCAGAAAUCUCCAAAGAUUCAGUGACAUAACACCAGUUUAGGAGCAGCUAGGAGGGAGAGACAUAAUAAAAGCUACACACCUGUUUCCCUGAGCUGCUGCUGCUGCUCUGAGCAGAUGUCUCGCAGUUCUUUGGAGUGGAGCAUAGCAGUGUAGAUUUGUUUAAUACAGGCGUUUCCAUUUUCAAAAUGCACUCAGUUGCUGGGGAUAGAAAAAAACCCCUCAAAAGGCAGGUCUCAUAUUUACAUUUAAGACACCAUUGUUUUUAUUCCAGUCACCCUACAAUUUCUCAAAAUUGGAAAACACAGUUCGUGAGCAAUUGGGAUAUGCUUUGAUAUUAAAACCUUCACUGGUGGCUAUGCUCAAAAGGCCUCCCCACCCCCCAUGCAAGACUUCUAUAACCAUCACAUGGCAGAAAUUCAACAGGCAAAGAUAUUUCAUUUCAUGAAGAAACAGAUGGUACAAGGAACACACCUGUUGCAUUUCUGCUAAAUGGAUUAACGGUAUAUUAUUAUUAUUAUUACUACUACUACUACUACUACAAUUAUUAUGAAAGGACUCCCAGCCUCCUCAGUGGCCGUUUGCCUUUGCUGGGCGGACAGUGGUCUGACUACUGACUUCCAGAACUGACGCGAACCGUCGACUCGUCAAUUGACAGCGAAACUGCCCACCGAAAACUCGCGCGCCGUCCUAGGCAUCGGGGCCUUUCCGUUCUGCGCAGGCGCGUCUGGUGAGCAUGAGUGAAUGGGUGGGUUCGGUGGGCCUCCUCGUGAAUUCGAGCGGGUAGGAACUGGAACGCAGGCGGACAAGAAGCCCCGCCCCUUUGAGCAACGGUUAUACUCCUCUGCCCCGCCCAUGCGCAGACACACCAACUCCUUACCUCAGAGAUGAUAACGUCAAGUCCGAGGAGCGGGCGAGAGAGAAACACAUCUGCUCAAAAACUCGCGCUCUGAGGGAAGCAGAGGAAGCAGUAGGCAAGGGCAAAUCUCGUCUCGCGGUCUCACGGCGCCUGCGCUCUCUUCUCAGAAAGGGGGCGGGCCGGUGUGGGCCGGAAUCGCCGCCUUAUAUCGAGGGGAGCUGAGCAGGAAAUUCCUUCCUGUACAGGCUUACUGGGAGGAAAGUCCUAUAGGGUUCAGUAGGGCUUACUCCCAGGAAAGUGAAUGUUACGGUUUGCAGCGUUACGAAGAAAAACUCUCUUGAUACCGGCCGGGCUUCCUUCUGAAGUAAACAUGCGCGGGACGGCGUUGGAAGGAAAUCACCUCAGAAAUCAAAUACGCCGUGUUGUUUUGUUGUUUUGUUUGUAACUCGCUGGAUUUUCCACAGAAAAUAUGAUUCAGGAAUAAACAACGGGGGGCGAGGGCGGGCUGCCAACGGUGUCGUUUGGAUGCUGCGAAAAACUUGUAUGCUUGACACACAAUAAGCACCUGUCUUCUCCCACCCUCCAAUGUUGGUUGGGUAAAUUGUCCCUUUUGGAAACGUUAUAAAACCACAAUGUUUUUUUUAUGCAACAACAAAAGAGAGUAGGCACAAGGAUGUAUAAAGUCACUGAUUCGCAGGGAGCAAAUGAAUAAGGAGGUGCUUGUUAUUUGCACGUGCUUCUUCUGGGAACGAUGCAGCUGUGAUUUUGUCCAAAAUAGCAGAACCCAAAUUUCCUAUCUUAAGGAAUUGCCUAAGAGAGUCAGACUUGAGAAGGUGUUUACAUUUUAUUAUUAUUUUAUUAUUAUUAUUUUGAACAAGGUAGAAUAGGAAAAAAUGGCUUUAAAAACUGGUGAGAGCUGCUUUAGGAGACUAUUUGCCUUAAAAGUGAGGUAAAAAUAAAACGAACAACAGUUUUAUUGUGCACUUAUCUUUAUUGCUUGUUCACUUAAAAAAAAUAUAUAGGAGCAAGAUAAUUUACCUUUUCUAGAUACAGUACUUGUAUGGUGCUAAAUGAAGCUGAGCAGCAGUUCUGUGAAUAUUUAUCUGAAACAUGGAGUUAUGUGAGAUUUACUUCAGAGUUAACCAGUGUUAGAAACAGACAUGAAAGCUAGGAGCUAAAUGGCACCUUAAAUCCCUUUUUUAUAACAAGAAUACAAAGCUGGGAAUGAAUGAACUGCAUAUAAAAUCUUAUAUUUUUCACAUGGUCUAGCCUUCAUCUGAAGACUGCAACAAACAAACAAACAAACAAACAAACAAACACAAAGCCAUACUUCCCCUGCCUGCCCCCCUGAUAUUCUUAGGAGGGCCCCUUCUCCAGUCCUCAGAGAAUGGCUGGAAGUGGGAAGGGUCUUUCAUUCAUUCAGUGGCAGUUUUAAUCUGAAAUACUAGGAGCAGUACUGCUUCCAGAGGUCAGAAACUGCUCGCAUUAAUGAAAUUCCCUGUCGCAAAAAGCGCCUAGAAUAAUGGGAGUUUCAAACACUGGAGUAAACAGCCUACAGUCAGGGAUGGUCGUUCUUGAAAUUGUUACUCAACAUCAACAUGAGUGAGUCACUCUCCAACAUCAUGCCAGUUUAAUGGGACAGGAAUUCAUUACCAAACCUGUCUGUAACAUGUUUAUUGUGUUAUAUAAGCACCACCUUAUUGAUCAAUUAAGCUUUCAUUUCAACAGCAGGGUUCAAACAUUGCACAAUCCAUUCUAUAUCCUGUGAAGAGCAUUUAUAAUAGUAAUUGUGCUAAUAUUGGACAUAUGUAGUGAACACUAGAGUUGGGGCAGGAGGUGGUCAAGUUGACCUCUCCAAUUGCUUCCCUAAGUCAUUUGUCAUAUUGCAUAGUUCAGUUGAACCUAUUACCAGGCAGGAAAUCCAGAACCUUCCUGUAAAAUCCUGAUGAUGCCACUGUUACUCACCCUACUUAGGAAAUACAUCUCAGUUUGCAUCUCAAGAGAUUUUCUACAUUAUAUUGUUGAUGUAGCUGAAAGCCAAACAGUUAUGAUUUACCCUGACAGACAAAGGACACUAUGCAGUCAUAUUUCUAUAGCCUGGAGCAUUAAGGUGGAGAAGCUUAUGCAGUUACCUGGUGUUGCAGAAUUUCCUUAGCCGUUCCCAUUCCAGUAUGGGCUUACGGUAUAUGGUUGUGGUUUUGCUAGUUGAAUAACACUUGCUAUUUGAACAUUUUCUUAUUUGUAAAUUGCUAUGCAACCUGGGGCACAGUCAUGAAUAUGCUGUAGCAAAGAUCACUUUGAUCAGUGGUCAUUUCCUGUCCCACCCUUGGUUCUUAGCCAUGUGGUGUGGGUGUGGGCCUCUCCUAUUGUGGUGGCGAAGUGAAGGUGUAAUCUACCUCUCCCUAUACUAUCUUUGUACUUGCCAGCUUUUGUAAAACAUAUCAAGAUGCUCUCUUUUCUUUUAGGGGAUAUACUUUUUGCCAAAUUAAUUUGCUUUAUAUAUGUGUGUGUGUACACACACACACAUGUACACACCUAUCACAGCUAAUGAAGAA